GCAACAGUUGCCUCGAAACCCCGCGCGAGGAGGCGCCAUAGUGACUGUAGCCCUGGAGACGGUUACUUGCCAACGGGAGCCGCCGCCGCCGCCGCCGCCUCACGCAGCCGGAGCCCCGCGCAGCCCUGAGGGGAGCCUGGAGGCGCCGGGGAGUCACCCAGGUAAGCCUGCCCGGGGGGGGGGAGCUCCUUUCCCCCCUCGCCCCGGUUCUACUCCGGAGUCACUCCGGAUUAGCGGGGGGCGGAGGGAGAGCUCUCCCCGCUCCCCGGACGGGAAGGAGGAGCCGGAGUGACGCCGCGGUGACGAGUUUCGCGAGCGGCGGAGGGCGCCUCUUCGGAGGAGCGGGGGAAUCCGGAGUGACUCCGGAUCGGGGGAUGGGCGGGAGGCGGGGAGGGGUGGGGGAGCCCACCAGAAGGGAGCUGGGGGUGGGCGUGUGCGCGCUUGAGAGAAAGGGAAAGUGUGUGGGGGGGGGGUCGCCUUUGCAGCAGGCGGCGAAUCCGGAGUGACGUCGAGUUUGGAGGGAAGGGAACUUCGGGGAAAGUUUUUUAUUCUUAGCGUUCCCGCUGGGGGAAAUGGGAACUGGAGUGAGCCCGGUUUCGGAUGAGAGCAAGCCGAGUGGCGCUCUGUUCUGUUGUAAAGAUGGGUUUUUGAUUCGGAGUGGCUCCGGAUUCGGGGGGAUGAGUUAGGGGUGAAGCCGCUAACGGGAGCCCGGUUGCCCCAGGCAACUCUGGACUCAAAGAAAAGGGCAGGAAGGUGCGGUUUGCAACUAGAAGAAGCCGAUCUGUCCAGAACAAGAGCUCCAUUUCUCCACCUGAGGCUCACAAUUGCCUGCACUGGCUGGCAGCGUCCUGGACUCGAACCUGGAACCUCCUGCAUGCAGUCCGUGCGCUCGGCCACCGAACUGCAAGAAGAAAGAGAGCGAUUCAGGUUCGGCGGCGCUCCAGAGCAACCCGCUUCUGCAGCAACGACUCCGAUUUGGUGUGACUCCGGAUUGGUUUGUGUGUGUGUGUGUGUGUGGAAUCUUAGGCAAUUCCAGAUGAGUGCAGUAAGAAGUUGGCUGUACUUUUAUUUUAUUUAUUUAUUUUUUGGAGGAGGGCGAAUGCGGCAGAGACCUGAAACCCCAGGAAACUCCAAUAAAUAAAUGGUGGCCCCACGAAAUCCAGAUUAAGCGAGGGUCUGCCCUGUCAUCCUUUGGCUCCCAAUCUGCCUGAGUAGUCAGCUAUGGGAAGGCCACUCUUUGGCAAGGCUAGACAUGCGUUCCCCACACACCCCACACCUGUCAGUAAUUGCUUUUCCUUUGCAACAACAGUUCAGCAACCGGCAUUGCAAAAAAAAAAAAUUGCUCUCCAUGGAUGUCAGCUACUGCAAUUUCUCUUUGAUCUCGUCUUCUAUUCUGUCCCGUUCUUUACAGCAGCCUCUGUACCGUUAUCCAUCUCUCUUUUAAAUCUUUGCCACCCCUGCUUUUCAGGUAUAAGGUUUCCCAAAGUGGUUUGCAAAAUGUUGAAAAGAGCUUCAAAGCCAGCAACUUUGGAAAAGAAAAACUAAAGGAAGAGUUGUGUUCCUUUAACUUUUACUUUCAGUCUUUCCCCCUCGCUUUCUCCGAUAAUCCUCCGAUAAACUUUCCACCCAUUUAUUUAUAAACAGCCUAAAAAUUGCUCUGUCGUUUACAAAAGCAACGGCCACGACAACCUGGACUUUCGCAGGUCUGGAAUCGUAAUGCUCUCAUGUCUGUGUGCCUUGUUUAGUUAAUUCCAGCUGGAGCGAUCCAGAAGAACAGCUUUAUUUUCACAAAACUGUGUGUGGCUUGGCUCACUUGCCUUGACUUAUCUCUUCUCGUUUCUCUUUGCUUGCGGCAAUCGGGGGUCGUGGCUGAACUGGAGGUGUAUAGGCUUGGGAGCAGAGGUUGUCUUCUGUUUACUGAUUUAUAGUUCCUUGUUGAAUAUUAAAGCUUUAUUAAAUAUAUAUUAAAGAUCAGACUGAAUCAGUCCCGUCCCCCCCCAAAUAGGUUUCUUGCUUGCAUGUUUAAAGAUCCUUUUCAGAUCGGAUUCUUGCUUCGCAGAACAGUGUGACAGUUUUAAUGCAAGGCGAGGUAAGGCUAAGCAGAAUCCAAGAGAAAUUCUAGUUAACGUCAUGGAGUUUAAACCUUUGCAGUAACAGGGUAAGGACCAGGUCGUUUCCAUAGCAAUCGACUUACACAGAUAUAAGCAUCGCACAAAAUGUCCAAUUAUCGUUCUCCUUCAUCAGGGACGAAUGGGGAGGAGGAAAGAGAAAAAAACCUUUCAAAUUCCUAGGCGCCAUCGCCAGAUUUCCAAGCUCCAGGCCUGAAUGAAUGUUUCAAAUUCCUGGGUGGCUGCUUCAAAUUAUUAGAAUUUAUCCGCCCCCUCCCCAUCCCUGCUUUUGAGGGAUAUGAAUCAACUUGCAGGGUCUACUUAACUGAGACAUUUGCAGCCUGCUACACCCUGGAUUACAAAUUGCGUUAGUAGCUAUCGUCAGCAUCCCGGCGCUGCUUGCCAGAAAAUGCCAUUUCCUUCUAAAAGUAACAAACCGUAGAAACACGAUGAAUUAUUCAGCGAGCAUAAAACUACUUCCUUGGUGCGGAUUUUGGAGUUUGCAUCAGAGGCCAAACCUGCGUGUGUGAAAUACCGUAUUUUUUGCUCUAUAAGACUCACUUUUCCCCUCCUAAAAAGUAAGGGGAAAUGUGUGCGCGUCUUAUGGAGCGAAUGCAGGCUGCGCAGCUAUCACAGAACCCAGAACAGCAAGAGGGAUUGCUGCUUUCACUGCGCAGCGAUCCCUCUUGCUGUUCUGGCUUCUGAGAUUCAGAAUAUUUUUUUCUUGUUUUCCUCCUCCAAAAACUAGGUGCGUCUUGUGGUCUGGUGCGUCCUAUAGAGCGAAAAAUACGGUAAAUAAAACCACUUUCUUUUGCUGCCGUUUGCAGGGCGGGAGAGGGAUCGCGGGGGAGGAAUUUACAAAACUUUAAUAGCUCUGCCCUCCUUUCAGAACUCAUUGAUUAAACAUUUCGGUCUUCAGGCUCCUCCGUCGUCAAAUCUACUCCAGACCCAACGGCAUUUUACAAGCGGCAAGAUAUGCAGCUGGGUGGGCUGGCUUUAUCUUCCUGUUCAGCGAAGGGUUUCUUUCCGAUGGCUGCCAAGAUAUAUUUAAAACGUCCACUCCCCUCUCAAGUCUCAAAUGCCAGCGCAGUUAAAGUCUGGCUAACAUUCCUUCUGGAGUUGAUUUCAGUCUGGUUGGCGUGCCAGGGCUUGCUGCUCAGAGAGCAGAACCUCUCCUGAUUGGAGAUUGUAUUUCGGAUACGCAAAACCAUGUCUUCCUUUCCGUCUUUGUGCUGGGACACUUUGAGCCUGCCCUCUAAUUGUUCUGCCGUAUCUCUCGGCGCCUCGACUUGGAGUGGACCUUAGCCCAAAUUCACAUCAGCAAAGCAGCUGACUUUUUCAAGUUUGGGCUGCCCUGGAUCGAUAGGCAUGAAAUCAGAUAUAUUGUUUUAACUCGCCCUGGGAUUUUAUGUCAAAAGGACUGGCGGGAAAUCAAAUAAAUACAGAGCUUUGGUUUCUACGUUAAAUCAGAAUCCUUGAUGAGACUUCUGUUCCCUUCAUAAAUGCAAACCUGGCUUAAAUAAUCUGAGCUGCUGUUGCUCAGAUCUAAGGUACUGCAAGCAGAACAUUGACAAGUUAUCUGAGCUGUCGCAGAGCUCAGAUCUAAGGUCUUUCGGGCAGAAUGAUGCUAAGUAAUCUGAACUUCCCAGUUCAUAAAUCUCAUUGGCGGGACUUAUUGUCUUCCGGUCUGCCUGAUCCAGAGAGUUUGAUAGCAUAUUGGCCCUCACCUGCAAACAGCCCAGGCACAUGUUGGUCACUGAGAGUGAAGCUGAAUCUCCAUGCCAUUUGCAUGAGCUGCGUACAUCUUUAUGAAGUGAUGCCAUGGGUUGAGGGGUCAGUCUUCCAAAAGCAGAAGGUCUUAUUUUUAAAUGGAAAGCAAGGUAGAAAUAAAUAGUUUCAGAAACACACAUACGAAGGCCGGGAUCGAACCUGCAACCUUGGGUGUUUGCAGCACCACGCUUCAACCGACCGAGGUAUCAGAUCUAUCAGUGGCCUUUUAGCCAUGAUGGUGAAAUGGAAUCUCCCAAGUCCAGAGGCAGCCCGUUUCUAAUGAGUUGCUGAGGAGCAGACAGUUCCCUCCAUGCCUUUAUCAAGUUGCAUAAACGGAAGAGAUUUCAGCAGGGAUGUUGCCCGGUUAAAGGAACAUUUGCUGCCAAAUGCAUUUAGGUAAACUUGCAUGUUCUUUUCUAGAACAGCGUGUUAUUAAAAAUAAAGGUAAAGGUAAAGGGACCCCUGACCAUUAGGUCCAGUCGUGACCGACUCUGGGGUUGCGGCGCUCAUCUCGCUUUAUUGGCCUAGGGAGCCGGCGUUUGUCCGCAGACAGCUUCCGGGUCAUGUGGCCAGCAUGACUAAGCCACUUCUGGCGAACCAGAGCAGCACACGGAAACACUGUUUACCUUCCCGCUGGAGCGGUACCUAUUUAUCUACUUGCACUUUGUGCUUUCGAACUGCUAGGUUGGCAGGAGCUGGGACCGAACAACGGGAGCUCACCCCGUCGCGGGGAUUCGAACCGCCGACCUUCUGAUCAGCAAGUCCUAGGCUCUGUGGUUCAACCCACAGCGCCACCCGCGUCCCUGUUAUUAAAAAUAAGUAGCAUUUAAGCCUGUGAUGGGCUGCCGUUGGAAAUGUAGGUUGUGUACAUCCCUACACAUUUAAAGCACAUCUCCCCAUCGCACCCCAAUAAACUUGAAAUCUGUAGUUAAAGGUGUUUUGCCUCUGUGGAACUGUACCUCCGUGAGGGGUAAACAUUUCCCAGGUUUCUUGGGUAGGGGGUUGUGCUGUAAAUAUACAGCAGGAUGUUGGGCAAGUCCUUGUUUGCAUAUGAGAGAUCGCUUAUGAAUACACAGCAGAAGGUUCCCUAGUGUUUGAGAGAUUUGAAAAGGGAGAGAUUCUCUCUCAAGUUUGCGACGGGAGUUUGGGAGAAGUUUUGGCGGGUGCCUCUCUUCCCCAGCCGCCCUGAUCCUGCUUUCAACAUGCGGCAACUGAAACCCCCACUGAACCAGGGGAGCCAGGGAAGGCUCAGAAACGGAUUAGGAGCUGCUGAAAACAUUUCCGCCCAGCCCGUCCCCCAUCCUUUUUCUGGUGACAUUUCUCUCUCUGCAAGGAAGGCGGUGGGGGCAGUUCCUCUGUGUGGUUUCCUGUGAUGGUGGGGCCAGCUUGCUGGUUUCGCGACGCUGGAACGUGCGGGAAAGGAAGUCGGCGCCUUCCUUGCCCUGGUGAAACGUUCUCCUGGGGGCUUCCAUUUGGACCCCAGGCUGUUAAAAGAGCCUGCUGCCAUGGUUUUCACAUGGACCGAGCCAGUUUAAAGGAGUUCUAAGCUUGUGUGGCAGGCCUCUGUGCCAUUACGGGGGGGCCUGCUGAUUUUCCAAGGAUGUUAAAAGGUAAAGGGACCCCUGACCAUUAGGUCCAGUCGUGACCGAUUCUGGGGUUGCGGCGCUCAUCUCUCCGCAAUUGCUAAGAGUCUCCCAUCAUCUGCUUGAUUUUACGUAUUAUUAUUUAUUAGGAAUGGGACCUCCAAGGGCAGGGUGGGUAGGAAAUAGAUUCUGCUUGCAUUUUAUUAAGAAACGACCUAAUUUACCUCGCUUGCGCUCCCUUCCGAAGCAUCAUCUUCCCAGACAUUGUUUUCCCCCUUCAAAAACUUACAGUGGGAUGGAGGGAAAGCGAGGGAAACAUAGUUUGGAUUUUGUUUUGGAGAGGAGCACGAAUGAAAAGGGGGUUCGUUCCUCUCAUUCCUUUCCUCAUCAUGGAUGAGGAACCGGUUUCUCUCCAGGAUUUCAACUGCACCGGCCCUCACCAACUCCUGACGGGGCACAGGCAGCCCUGCCCUGUUUCGUAGGGGCACCAAAGCACAGAUCUAUUAAUGGAAAAGAAAAAAUUGCCAGAGAGAACUGAUCUCUGCCUUGGUGGGCCAGUUUGAAAAACCGGGAGCCUGCGAGUGCUCUUAGGAUCGCAAGCGAACUUCUGAAAUGAGAGGAGCCUGCUAGCAGAGACCUUUGAAUCCUGCGUGUGUGCAGUUUUCUUCACGGGGAGGGUUUCUGCACCUGGCCCAGCGCACGCCUGUCUUUAGGGUUUCUUUGCAUGUGCAACAUGCAAAAAGCACUGCUCUUUAGAAACAGGUUCCAGAGCUGUCUUGACUGCCUGUGCUCUUUCAUAUGAUCUUGUAAUUCAAAGACUCUUUUCUUUAUCUGGGCUUUUUUGCUCCUUAAUUUGAGCAAAAUUCCACCUCUUUUCGUGGGGUGGGAUCUAUUAAGUCCUGAAUUUGUUUUUGUUUUUUCCUGUUUAUCUGCUUUUUUACAUUGCUCCUGGAUGUUCUUAAUUGGUUUUAACGUAAGUUGCUUUGGGUAACUCUGUGAGGAAAGCGAUUAAGAAAUAUAAACAGUGAUAGUUAAUCAUAUUGCUGAUAAAUUAAAGACCUAGUGUCCAUUGUUUACACUUAAGCCACUUUCUUUCAAUCUCCUCCUUCAUUUUCUUUCGCAAUCUGUUCACCAUAUAAAGUUGGUAUUCUUGCAUGCCAGGCAUGAGAUGCCUGAAAACGUCGUUGAUUAAAUUAUGCCUUUAUCUUGCCCUUCCUUCAAAAGAGCUCGAGGUGGUGGUGAGUGUAAUGUUUGCCUCCCAUUUUACCUGCACAACAACCAUGUGGUGUAGGUCAUGCUGAGAGACUGAGCCCGUCUCAAGAUCAUGAGUAAGGGAUAUGAAUUCUCUGUAAGGUUUUAGCCAAAAAUUCUAACCCCCCCAGGACACUGUACUUCAUUCAGCCUGUGCCCUCAAUUCUUGUUGUUGUUGUUGUUGAGUUGUUUAGUUGUGUCUCACUCUUCGUGACCCCCUGGACCAGAGAACACCAGGCACUCCUGUCUUCCCCUGCCUCCCGCAGUUUGGUCAAACUCAUGCUGGUAGCUUCGAGAACACUGUCCCACCAUCUCGUCCUCUGUCGUCCCCUUCUCCUUGUGCCCUCCAUCUUUCCCAACAUCAGGGUCUUUUCCAGGGAGUCUUCUCUUCUCAUGAGGUAGCCAAAGUCUUGGAGCCUCAGCUUCAGGAUCUGUCCUUCCAGUGAGCACUCGGGGCUGAUUUCCUUCAGAAUGGAUAGGUUUGAUCAUCUUGCAGUCCAUGGGACUCUCAAGAGUCUCCUCCAGCACCAUAAUUCAAAAGCAUCAAUUCUUCAGCGAUCAGCCUUCUUUAUGGUCCAGCUCUCACUUCCAUACAUCACUACUGGGAAAACUAUAGCUUUAACUAUACGGACGUUUGUUGGCAAGGUGAUAUCUCUGCUUUUUACGAUGCUGUCUAGGUUUGUCAUCGCUUUUCUGCCAAGAAGCAGGCGUCUCUUAAUUUUGUGGCUGCUGUCAAUCUGCAGUGAUCAUGGAGCCCAAGAAAGUAAAAUCUCUCACUGCCUCCAUUUCUUCCCCUUCUAUUUGCCAGGAGGUGAUGGGACCAGUGGCCAUGAUCUUCGUUUCUUUGAUGUUGAGCUUUAGACCAUAUUUGUGCUGAGGUUCUUUAAUUCCACCUCACUUUCUGCCAUCAAAGUUGUGUUAUCUGCAUAUCUGAGGUUGUUGAUAUUUCUUCCAGCAAUCUUAAUCCUGGUUUGGGAUUCAUCCAGCCCAGCCUUUCGCAUGAUGAAUUCUGCAUAUAUGUUAAAUAAGCAGAGAGACAAUAUACAGCCUUGUCGUACUCCUUUCCCAAUUUUGAACCAAUUAUUUGUUCCACAUCCAGUUCAAACUGUAGCUUCUUGUCCCACAUAGAGAUUUCUCAGGAGACAGAUGAUGUGAUCAGGCACUCCCAUUUCUUUAAGAACUUGCCAUAGUUUGCUGCUUUCUAUCUAUCAUAGUUAUGCAACUGUCUGACAGCAUUUCUUGACUACAGAAGGCUAGAAGAUUCACAUUGUAAUGGGGCUCAAACAUACUGUCAUCAGUGGACUCCUAGAUCCCCUCUGGGGGUUCCUAGAUCCCUUGAAUCUACUGUACUGACUUUUCAAUUAGUAAAGCAGUCAUAAUUGUCGUUUUUGGUAUCCCCCGUCUCCUUUCAUUGUCUGAACAUUAAAACAAAACAAAACUGUGUAAAGUGAAUGGACUUGUAAGUCAAGGAUGAGGAACCUGAUGCCUCCCUCCUCCAUUGUUAUGUUGGACUCCCAUCAGCCCCCAGUCAAUAUACAACUCCCAUCAGCCCCCAGUCUCAGGUCAGGGAUGGCAGGAUUUGUGUUCCAGCUGCAUCUCCAUCCCUCCCAAGACCUUUACUUGGAGCUUGCUGUCGUGUGUUCACAAUCUUUUAGGUCUCCACCUUAUUAAAAACAAAACAAACACACUGUGCUCACUUUCUCAGUCGCCAAGCCCUGGUUUUGUGAGGUUCCAUCCCUGCCUCUGUGUCUGUGCCUGGUCCAGCCUGUGCCACUAAAUUAGAUGAAUUACACAAAGCAAAUGAAAUACCAUUAAAAUCCCUGAAACGAGAAGCAGUCGACUAGAAAUACUAUCUUAUAGAAUUAAACUAAAUAACAAAAAUCAAAAAGUUUAAGGGGAAAAUUAGAAAAACCUAGAAUUGAACAAAACCUUAACGGGCUGCCGGCUACAAACCUCGUUUCACCGAACUACUUUUUGUUAUUUAGUUUAAUUCUAUAAGAUAAUAUUUCUAGUCGAUUACCAGGGAUUUUCACGGUAUUUCAUUUGUUUUGUGUAAUUUCUCGGUUCCGCGACUGUCUUUUUUUCUACCAAAUUAGAUGAAGCUGGACCUAACGGCCAGGGGUCCCUUUACCUUUUUAACCUAGGCAUUGGAGUGCUUCCCAGAAGAUCAGUGAUCAGUCACAGCCACAGCUUCCAUUUAAAGCACGUGACUUCCAUCCUGGGGGAACCAUCAUUUGUUAAAGGUGUUGGGAGUUGCAGCUCUGUAAGGAGCAAGCUACAGUUCCUAGGGUGCAGUAUGCUUGGCCUUGGCUCUGAAAUUUGUUGUCAUGGGGAAUUUUGUGGGUGCUCCCAGGGCCCCAGGGAGUUGGCGCCUAUGCUUUAAAUUUGUGGUGUGCCUGUUGUUUCAAAACUCACAAGGAAAUGUAGAUUUGGCUUCCGUCUUCCUGUGCAUCUGAUGUGCGGCAAACUCUCAUUCCCACUGGGCGCAUGCAUAGUGGGAAGGGGUGGGGAACCUUUAUGGGGAUUGCGACGUGCAGUGAUUUGUAGUUUUUGCUUUACACGGCACCCAUCCUUGCUGCGUGGUGCUUUAAUAACAUAAUAAUAAUAAAUUAUAUUUAUACCCGCCCUCCCCAGCCAAGGCCGGGCUCAGGGCGGCUAACAAGCAAGAAUAAAAACAAGUUGAAUGAAUACAACUUGAAAACAAGAUUAAAGUACAUCAUUAAAACAUUGAAACAUUAAAAUGCAGCCUCAUCACAGGAGGAGAAAGGAAAAAAGAAAGAGGGGGAGGAAAUCAAAUUGACUCCGAGCCAAAGGCCAGGCGGAACAAUUUCUGCUUUGCAGAAUACUGUAGAGCAGAUCCCUGCCCCAAGGUGCUUCCAGUUAAAAAUUUGGCAUGGGGGAAGCAGAGGGAGGGAAGGGAAAUGGAGACACAGGCAGGUGGGGCAUUCUGUUUAUUUUGGACACACAGGCUGAGCUAUGACAAUUGGGACUAAGGAAGGCAUUUUUCCUCCUUGUGGUCUGUGCAUGUGUGUUUGUGUGUGUGUGUGUGUUUUGCUUUGUAUACAAAACUCACAGAAGUCGCAGACAGUUGCCGCUUUGCCAGCGCAUCGUGGGUUGAUACCAGAGCUUUUCUCUGCCAGGAGUGGGGAGUCUCUGCGACUUUGAAACACGUCCUACGUGACGUGUCUCUUGGCUGCCGCUGAAGUGGCUUUUCUACAUAUAUAAUUAAAUUUUCUGUUCUACAAUUUCGAAUAUUCAUUUAAACAACCUUAAAAUACCAAAAACUUCCCUUCUUCUCUAUCCAUGGUUCAUUUUGCAUAACAUAAACCCCCGCAAAUUUUAUAUAAACUAAACCAUUCGGUAUUCCAUUACUGCAGCCAUCAAAACUUAUUUACGCUGUUGAAUUUAUCAUAAAGUUGCCAACGUUUUCAAUUUCCCCCCCUUAAACAUAUCCCAAUCUUCUUUAAAUGUAUGUUCUUCUUGUUCUCUUAUUCUGUGCGUUGCGUCCGCAAGCUGCGCAUAUUCCGUCCGUUGAAGCUGCCACUCUUCUUUGGUUGGGACCUCGCUCGUUUUCCAUUUGGGGGCUAACAGAAUACGGGCCACAGUCGUGGCUUACAUGCCGUAUUUUUUGCUCUAUAAGACUCACUUUUCCCCUCCUAAAAAGUAAGGGGAAAUGUGUGAGCGUCUUAUGGAGCGAAUGCAGGCUGCGCAGCUAUCCCAGAAGCCAGAACAGCAAGAGGGAUCGCUGCUUUCGCCGCGCAGCGAUCCCUCUUGCUGUUCUGGCUUCUGGGAUUCAGAUUUUUCCCCCUCUUGUUUUCCUCCUCCAAAAACUAGGUGCGUCUUAUGGUCUGGUGCGUCUUAUGGAGCGAAAAAUACGGUAAAUAUAACCUUUUCUGCCACCUGUGAAGCGGCCUUUGUAGAACCUGUCGCGAUUCUCUGUGGUGCAAAAACUCCUUUAGAAACACCAGCUCCCCACUCAAGAUGGAAACAACUCAGUUUUCGGUUAGAUGAAAACGUGAACUGUGGGUUAGCCAUCCUUGCUUUCCAGACUUUUUCUCCCUUGGUGGAGGUGAAAUGUGUCACAGGGCUUCAACGAGAGAUGGUGGAGAUUUCCUUUCCACCCAGGCAGCAGGCUCGCUCGAAUCAUCAAGGUUUUCGGCCGGGAGAUGGGAGUGGGCGGCUUGCGUCUGGCUGUGGAAGGGUGGGUUCGGAUUACAUCUCUUGGCCUUCUCUCGCUCUUUGUAUCCUCUCCUCGGUUUAGCCUUUAAGCACAGAGCCUCUGACGUAGGUUUGUGGGGGCCCUUUGCCUUGCCAUCCCACCCAACUGUUGCUUGAGCUGGGAUUUGAACGCAGGAGCGCCACUCCUCUUUCUGGAGUUGCCAGAAAGACUUGGACCUCUGCGAAUCCCGAAGCAAACAAACCGAUCUGCACCUCUCGGGUAAUGAGAGAUUAGAUUUCUGCCGAAUUCAGCAGGGGACACAGGUCUCGAACGUUUAGACGCAAGUCGUCGUUUGGCAUCCGUCUUCCUCGGGAGACAACGGAGGAGCACGCUUUUGUGGGGGGUGAGGUCCCGCUGCUGGACAGCAGCAGUGUGCCUGCUGUGGCUGUCGAGACCGAUGCAGGAGAGACAUGUUUUGUUGCAGCUGGGGCAAACGAAGGCGCCCAGUUGUAUGUUUUGAGGGGAAAUUCAUUUAAGAGACUUGAGCACAUAUCUAAAAGUCAGCUGGGUGGUGUUCUUUAAUGGAAAUAAUUUGCAACGUGUAAGGCAGGCUUGGAAUGUACUUUUGGGGGGGGUGCAAAAUGGGAUGUUGUCCCAUGUUAAGACAGGGUUAUACAGUGGUACCUCCGGUUAAGAAUUUAAUUCAUUCCGGAGGUCCGUUCUUGACCUGAAAUUGUUCUUAACCUGAAGCACCACUUUAGCUAAUGGGGCCUGCUGCUGCCGCCACGCCGCCGGAGCACGAUUUCUGUUCUCAUCCUGAAGCAAAGUUCUUAACCCGAGGUACUAUUUCUGGGUUAGCGGAGUCUGUAACCUGAAGUGGAUGUAACCUGAAGCGUGUGUAACCCGAGGUACCACUGUAUCUUAAAGGUGAAGAGACCCCUGACCAUUAGGUCCAGUCGUGGCCGACUCUGGGGUUGUGGCGCUCAUCUCGCUUUACUGGCCGAGGGAGCCGGCGUACAGCUUCCCGGUCAUGUGGCCAGCAGGACUAAGCCGCUUCUGGCGAACCAGAGCAGCACACGGAAACACCAUUUACCUUCCUGCUGGAGUGGUACCUAUUUAUCUACUUGCACUUUGACGUGCUUUCGAACUGCUAGGUUGGCAGGAGCAGGGACCGAGGAACGGGAGCUCACCCCGUUGUGGGGAUACGAACCGCCGACCGUCUGAUCAGCAAGUCCUAAGCUCUGGGUUUAACCCACAGCGCCACCCGCGUCCCACGAACAUAUCUUAGCAGUUGCUUAAAAACCACCCACGAAGGACGGAUUUCUCCAAUGAAGCAGAAAACCGUCAUCGCUCAGUGGGAAUACAGUGGUACCUCGGGUUACAUACGCUUCAGGUUACAGACUCCGCUAACCCAGAAAUAGUACCUCGGGUUAAGAACUUUGCUUCAGGAUGAGAACAGAAAUCAUGCUCUAGUAGUGCAGUGGCAGCAGGAGGCCCCAUUAGCUAAAGUGGUGCUUCAGGUUAAGAACAGUUUCAGGUUAAGAACAGACCUCCAGAACGAAUUAAGUACUUAACCCGAGGUACCACUGUACUGGAAUCCUUGCCCAAGGGCUCUUUGAAACCCGGAUCCAGUGCUGUCCCACCCCCCGCUUCUGAGACCCAUCAACCCCAGAAGCAUCUAUCUGCCAUCUCGCAGUUUGGUGAGGGGGAAUCUACUCUUUCCAUGUUCAAAGGCGCCAUUCGCCAAGCUUCGCUUCGCAGAUUCUAGGGCUGCAAACUCACGGUUUGCGAUGGAAACUCGAGAUUCGCGUCUGAUGGCAGAACUCUUUCAAGACAGGCUAGAAAGACGCAGCUGUCACCAGGACCCCUUAUUUCUUCUCCCUCUCUCUCUCUCUCUCUUGGAGGGAGGUGUAUUUUAAUAUGCCCCUCCCCGCCUUGAGAAGCAUAAAUGUUCCCAGAAGAUCCCAGAACUAAAGGCACCUCUGAAGUUUCGUACCCGUGUUAUGAUAGAUAGAUAGUAUUGCAUAUUAAGGUAAAGUUAAAGGGGCCCCUGACCAUUAGGUCCAGUCGUGGCCAACCCUGGGGUUGCGGCGCUCAUCUCGCUUUAUUGGCCGAGGGAGCCGGCGUACAGCUUCCGGGUCAUGUGGCCAGCAGGACUAAGCUGCUUCUGGCGAACCAGAGCAGCGCACAGAAACGCCGUUUACCUUCCCGCCAGAGCGGUACCUAUUUAUCUACUUGCACUUUGACGUGCUUUCGAACUGCUAGGUGGGCAGGAGCAGGGACCGAGCAACGGGAGCUCACCCCGUCAUUGCGGGGAUUCGAACCGCCGACCUUCCGAUCGGCAAGUCCUAGGCUCUGUGGUUUAACCCACAGCGCCACCCGCGUCCCAUAUUAUAAUACUAUAAAUAAUGAUCACUUGGAUGUAACCACACACACCCCCUUUUUGUUCUGCACCAUUACGUCCUUUUCCGGCGCCUCCUGCCCCAGCUCCCUGGUAGUUAUGCUUCUGAGAAGAGGCUGUUGGUGAAAUUCUUGCAGGUCACUUCAGAUUUGUUUUUUGGGGAGGGGCUGGUAGAUUUCGUGCAUCGCAGCUGCCGUUCUUGCAGGUCAGGCCUGCCCAUCUUUUCGCAGGGGCUUUUCUGGAAAGAUUCAGGCAGAGCAAAAGUUUUGUUUUGCAGCAGUUUUGAAACCGCCGGGGGGAGGGAACGAAAGCAGCGAUCUCUCGUGGAAGGGCCUUAAUCUCCUCCACCACCCCGGUGGCACCCGGGAUUACGGGGUGGUGGAGGAGCUUAAGCCCCCCCCUACAUCCCCUGGAAAAACAACAACACGAGAACUUGUGCAUUUGAGGAUUCAACAAUAUUAUCAAUUUGAGCCAGCCGCCCGGGCACCGAGAUAAUCGCUCCCGAACUCCAGCCUCAAAGUCCUAUCUGCUUUCUUCCAGUUUUAAUCGUGGGGGUGUGUUGGGGGGGGUAGAGAUAGAAGCACAUGCAGAUGUUCAAUUAAUAACGGGAGCGCUGGCUGAGUUUGCACCGGUCCCUGCAUUGUUUAUUGAGUAACAACGGUUGCCCCGGGUGACGCAGUCCACUCCCGUUUCCAGGGGCCGGUUGCCCGGCAACGGAUAGAAUGCUUCCCAAACUAAACAAUGCCACCCCCCCUCUCACCACGACUCUCCCUCCUCCCUCCUCCCAUUAAAAACACACUAAAUAUGUCAGGCUGAUUUGUCAAUCGUUCCAGGGCAGAUGGCAGGGGCGGGGGGAGAGGGUUGCAGAGAGAGGGAGAAGGAAAAUAAUCAUUUCUUCUCUAUAGUAAUUGAAAUGGAGCUGUUUUAUUUUAGUUUAUUUUUUCUAAUGCUGCUUGUUUUUCAAAAAGAGCAACAGAUGCAAGCCAAGCACCCCGCGAACCCGAUCUUCCUUAAAAACCAAUGUUCAGGAAAGGAGGAGGAAUUUUUUUUGGGGGGGGGGGGCUGUUUAAAAGAAAAAAGAGUUGCGUCCAACAUUGGUCAUACUCAAGAGUGGACCCGAUGAAGUUGAUGGGCAGGGCUGACCUGGGGCAAAUGACCAGAGGCAGUGUGGUGCAGUGGUUAGAGCGCUGGACUAUAUCCUGGGGGGGGGGAGAGACCAGGGUUCGAAUUCCCCCACUUGGCCACAAAGCUCGUGGGGCAUGAACUUGGGGGGGGGGCGGUCACUGCCUCCCUCAGCCUAACCUACCUCGCAGGCUGGUUGUGGGGCUUAAAGGAGGAGGCGGAGAAGUGUGCAAGCCACUUUUCGGCCCCUAAAAUAAAAUGAUUUUUUUCUGGGUCUGCUCUUAAGUGCAGGGUUCGCCUGUUCUUUCAGGAACAGCUGCAAAACGGGGCUCUUGGAGCCGACAGCAGCCGUUCUGCAAGGGGGCUUCUCCCUUCCUCCCUUCCACUGGCCCUUACUUGAUUUCUUACUAAGUGAAAAGUGCUUUGCAAAGUCCCCUCUUUGGCGGCGGUUUGUGUGUAUGAAAGUGUGUGUAUAUGUGCCGGCGGGGGGAGCCUUUUGCUGAAUGGAAAACAGAGGAAAUGUUUUUGAGUUCCGCAACGAGACUUUAAAAGCCACGUGACAUCUUUUGGGAUUGUAAAGAGUUGUGCUUUCAUUGUCGUUAUAUGAGCCGGGCUUCAUGCCUGACUUAGCAAAAUCUUCACGCUACCAGGGCUGUGAAGUGGCAGGCGAGGGGCAGGCAGAGUUUGCGGAGGCUAAAAAUAAUAAUAAUGAUCACAAUAACAAUAAUUGGUGUAUUUAUUUAUUCAAAGCAUUUCUGUCUUGUCCAUCAGCCAGAAUGCUCCAGAGCGUCUUACAAAUGACAGUCCCUGCCCCUGGUCUUUUAACCCCCCCCCCCCCCCAAAAAAAAGACAUGACACAAAAGGAAUGGUGGACAGGGCAGAGGAAAGCAGCGCCAAAUUGCUUACGAUACGCAGGUGGACUGAAAAUGGGCUUCUCCCAGUUUGUUUUUAAUUUAAAAAAUAAAAAUAAAGACUCGUUAGGCCCCAGAGAAAUAGAGUUGUGUGCACACACUGCGUUUAAAGCUCACGUUUUCCUCCGAAGAAUCCUGGGAGCCAGGAAUUGCUGCUCUGCAAACUAUAGUUCCCAGGAUACCUCUUUGAGAAAGCCAUAAGCUGUAAAAGUAUAUGGUGACCCCUGGACCCCUGACCAUUAGGUCCAGACGUGGCCGACUCUGGGGUUGCGGCUCUCAUCUCGCAGAGCAGCGCACGGAAACGCCAUUAACCUUCCCGCCGGAGCGGUACCUAUUUAUCUACUUGCACUUUGACGUGCUUUCGAACUGCUAGGUUGGCAGGAGCAGGGACCGAGCAACGGGAGCUCACCCCGUCAUUGCGGGGAUUCGAACCGCCAACCUUCUGAUCAGCAAGUCCUAGGCUCUGUGGUUUAACCCACAGCGCCACCUGCAUCCCGAUAGCCAGGCACAAAAUGCGCCUGGUGAAUUUCGAACUUUGAUGUAAACCGAGCCAACAUUCUUCUCCCCUUUAUUGGAGAUCUGGGGUGGGGUCUGAAGGUUGCCUGAAACCACCUCUUGAGAUCACGGCAGAGGUGGAGAUGUUUUCUUGACUUGUAUAUCUCUGCCGCUCUUCAGCCAUAAAUUCCUAAUGAUGCUUAGGUGCAGUUUGAUGCUUUAGGCCAGGGGUCAGCAAACUUUUUCAGUAGGCGGCCGGUCCACUGUCCCUCAGACCUUGUGGGGGGCCGGACUAUAUUUUGAGGGGGGGGGGAAAUGAACAAAUUCCUAUGCCCCACAAAUAACCCAGAGACGCAUUUUAAAUAAAAGGACACAUUCUACUCAUGUGAAAACACGCUGAUUCCCAGACCAUCCGCAGGCCGGAUUUAGAAGGCGAUUGGGCCGGAUUCGGCCCCCGGGCCUUAGUUUGCCUACCCAUGUUUUAGGCAUUGGCCAUUAAGAAAACCCCCGGUGAGCAGAACUGAAGUAAGGAAAUCUAACCUAACAUCAAAUAGGGUUGCUGUUUUUAAAGAAGACUUUUGGUGGUUCCCAAUACUAAUACUCAGAGAAGCCCCAUUGAAAUCACUAGACUUAAGUAAUUUGACUUCCAUUAAUUUUAGUAGGUCAGCUCUGAAUUAUUACCUAAUGGGAUGCUGUCCUUUAGAUUACAAAUGUCAGAUUACUUGGUUGAAUUGCAUUCUCUUACUAAAAUCCGCAGGGCUGUACUAAAGACUGGGGUCUCUGCAAUGACAAAAAUUUAGACUGUCUUCCUAAGGUCCAGGCACUGCCUCAGCCUGCAAAGGACGGGUGCAGAACCUUUAUCAGCUCGAGGGCCGCAUUAUCUUCUGCGCAAACUUCCAGGGGCCACAUUCCAGUGGUGGGCGGAGCCAGGGACAAAAAGUGGGCGGGGCGACAAACAUCAAUUUCACUUCUGGGCAGUAGGCUUGUUUCUCCACAAAUGUGCACGAUUCUCUCUGUCCUCUCUACACAGGGGAGCUAGAGAAGAGGCAGAGAGGUUGGAUACAACCCACAUACCCUCCAACAUUUCUCCGAUGAAAAUAGGGACACCCUAUUCCAGAAAUAUUAUUAUUAUUAUUAUUAUUAUUAUUAUUAUUAUUACCCUGCCUAUCUGAGUGGGUUGCCCCAGCCACUCUGGGCAGCUUCCAACCUAUAUAAAAACAUAAUAAAACAUUAAACAUUUUUUAAAAAAUCCUUAUACAGGUGAAACUCGGAAAAUUAGAAUAUCGUGGAAAAGUUCAUUCAUUUCAGUAAUUCAACUUAAAAGGUGAAACUAAUAUAUGAGAUAGACUCAUGACAUGCAAAGCGAGAUAUGUCAAGCCUUGAUUUGUGAUAAUUGUGGUGAUCAUGGCAUACAGCUGAUGAAAACCCCAAAUUAACAGUCUCAGAAAAUUAGAAUAUUAAAUGAAAUCAGCAAAACAAGGAUUGCAAAUAGACCAGUAUUGGACCUCUGGGCUUUUCAUCAGCUGUACGCCAUGAUCAUCACAAUUAUAACAAAUAAAGGCUUGACAUAUCUCGCUUUGCAUGCCAUGAGUAUCUCAUGUAUUAGUUUCACCUUUUAAGGUGAAUUACUGAAAUAAAUGAACUUUUCCACGAUAUUCUAAUUUUCCGAGUUUCACCUGUACGGGGCUGCCAUCAGAUGUCUUCCAAAGGUUGUAUAGCGACUUAUCUCCUUGACUUGUGGGGGCGGAUGAUGGCAGGAAUCUACUUGAAUUAAUCAAGUUUCUUUAUUCAUGUAGCAGACCUUUCGAAACCUCUACCUUGGCGCCACUUGGAAAGAAAGCUGUGCCCCUCCUCCUUUAGAUCCGAUCCUCCUUCCCCUUUUUCCUCUGUUUCCCUCCCUUCUCUUUCUGCCUUUUCUUCCAAAAACACGGAGCAAUCCAAACCACCCUUGUGACCCACUGUUUGAUUCUGAAAACACCAGCGAUCCGGGGGAUGCUACCGGAAAAAAUCCGAGGGCUCCCUUGGACAAAAACAAAGACACCAACCAGGAUAACUUGGAGCAAAACAGCAGCUUGUAGGCUUGGCCUUUAUUGAACUGUUGCAACAGGGUGUUCCCCUCACUUGCAGGAGAGAGGAAGGACCCAGAAAAAUGGUGUGCAAGGCCUUAUAAAGACUUUUGAAAUUGCCACCCUGUAGGUCAAGCCCACCCCCAGAAACAUCAUGCAUACAUUACAGAAAGGAGGGGUUGAGGGAGGAGUUGUGGUGGUAACCUGAGUGUCCUGUCACCUGGCUGGUUCCCUUCUCCUCCUCCCCAUGAGUCAUUUUCUGAAGACGAAAGGUAGUCGCAGUUUCCUGCCCCCUGAGGGAAGAUCUGAUCAUUGUCCUUUGUUCCAGUCCAUGCUGAAUCCACUCCCAUAUGCAAGUUCUUUGUAAUCUUGAUUGUCUUCUGUCUAGGACCAUCAGGGUUGGCAUAGCAACUGGGCAGGGCUCCUGUGGAUGUGCUGGCCUGGCCUGUAUCAAACCUUCCCCAUUUUGUAGUCCGUCCUUCAUGGAGUAAAAUAAAAGUGGAACAGUGCAAAUCCGAUGUAUGGUUGAUUUUCUAUGAAUUUAUAACAGAAGUGUAGCAUAUGUAGUGUGUGAGUGUGUGUGAAGUUUGUACAAACUGAAUGAUGGGGAGUGGGGUUUCCUGCUACAGGGACUGGGGGACAAGAGCCCGUUUUCUAAACGCUGUUUGGCUUCUCCAGGGUCACGGCACAUGUUAACCCCAGAAAUAGAACCCAGAAGUUGGUUCCUUGCUUCUCUGGCCUCCCCUCCCCUCUUUCCAAAUAGUUCCUUUUCCUGUUGCAUGCUCUCUGCCUAGAUACCGAGCCCAGCGCAGGGUAAAUAGAGACGGUUUCUAGGGACUCCAUCUGUCCGGAGUGUCUGCCUAGUUUGCUUGCGAGUCAGAGUUUGCUCGUCAGUGACGCAAGAGGCGGUGUCUAUUUGCGACUCUCUUUCCAUCAGCAUUCCUGCAUUAUGGAAACCCACUUUAGUAUAACUCCAUGGGAUGGCUAAAAGAAAAAAAUGGGGGGGGGGAGUGGUUACGUUUUGUUUUUGAUUGGCAAGUGCUUCCGCGUGGCUUCAGUUAAGAGCAGAAUUUCACUGCCGAAUGAGGUCCAUCUAGUCCAGGGGUCAGCAGACUUUUUCAGCAGGGGGCCGGUCCACUGUCCCUCAGACCUUGUGGGGGGCCGGACUGUAUUGUUUUUUUGGAGGGGGGAAAUGAACGAAUUCCUAUGCCCCACAAAUAACCCAGAGAUGCAUUUUAAAUAAAAGGGCACAUUCUACUCAUGUGAAAACACGCUGAUUCCCAGACCGUCCACAGGCCGGAUUUAGUAAUAAUAAUAAUAAUAAUAAUAAUUAUUUAUUAUUAUUUAUACCCCGUACAUCUGGCUGAGUUUCCCCAGCCACUCUGGGCGGCUCCCAAUCAAGUGUUAAAAACAGUACAGCGUUAACUAUUAAAAACUUCCCUGAACAGGGCUGACUUCAGAUGUCUUUUAAAGAUAGGAUAGCUGCUUAUUCUCUUCACAUCUGAAGGGAGGGUGUUCCACAAGGUGGGCGCCACUACCAAGAAGGCCCUGUAUCUGGUUCCCUGUAACCUCACUUCUCGCAAUGAGGGAACCGCCAGAAGGCCCUCGGAGCUGGACCUCAGUGUCUGGGCUGAACGAUGGGGGUGGGUGGAGACGCUCCUUCAGGUAUACAGGACCGAGGCCGUUUAGGGUUUUAAAGGUCAGCACCAACACUUUGAUUUGUGCUCGGAAACGUACUGGGAGCCAAUGAAGGUCUCUCAGGGCUGGUGUUAUGUGGUCCCGGCGGCCACGAGUCUAGCUGCCGCAUUCUGGAUUACCGUAUUUUUCACUCUAUAGGACGCAUCGGACCACAGGACGCACCUUGUUUUAGAGGGAGAGAACAAGGGAAAAAAAUUCUCCCCCUCUCUGGUCAGCACCCCUUCAGCGAAGCGGCAGGAAAAAUGGAGCCCCUUCCAUUUCUCCUCCUGAUUGGCUGAAGGGGCGCUGCGCAGCUCUCCCUCUCUGCUGAAGCCAGGAGAGUCUUGCUGAACCUGAAGCCUGCGGAGCGCAGCGGGAACUCGCACUGCUCUCCAAAGGCUUCAGGCAGCUAUCCCUGAAGCCUGGAGAGCGAGAGGGGUCAGUGCGCACCGACCCCUCUCGCUCUCCAGGCUUCAGCGAAAGCAACGUGAAGCCUCUGGAGUGCGGAGGGAGCGCUUCCUCUGCGCUUUGGUGGCUUCGCGUUGCUAUCGCUGAAGCCAAGGAGCCUGCAUUCGCUCCAUAGGACGCACACACAUUUCCCCUUAAUUUUUGGAGGGGGAAAAGUGUGUCCUAUAGAGCGAAAAAUACGGUAAUUGCAGUUUCUGGGUCACCUUCAAAGGUAGCCCCACGUAGAGCGCAUUGCAGUAGCCCAAGCGGGAGAUAACCAGAGCAUGCACCACUCUGGCCAGGCAGUCUGCGGGCAGGGAGGGUCUCAUCCUGCGCACCAGGUGGAAGGCAAUUGGGCCAGAAGGCAAUUUGGCCAGAUCCGGCCCCCAGGCCUUAGUUUGCCUACCCAUGAUCUAGUACAUCAUCCCAUUCUCACAGGGGCCAACUAGAUGGGAAGAGUGCAAACUGUCUCUCCUCCUGUGGUUUCUAGCCUCCGACAAUGGGGUGGGGGGAGACGCUGGAAACAGCGGAGGCUGAACAUACAGCCGUACCUUGGAAGUCGAACAGAAUCCGUUCCGGAAGUCUGUUCGACUUCCAAAACGUUCAGAAACCAAAGCACGGCUUCCGGUUGGCUGCAGGAAGCUCCUGCAGCCAAUCGGAAGCCCUUCAGACAUUCAGGUUCCAAAGAACGUUCGCAAACUGGAAUAUUCACUUCCCGGUUUUCGGGAGCCAAAACGUUCAACUCGCAAGGUGUUCGGGAUCCAAGGUACAACUCUAAUUUACACAGAGAAGCACUAUAAAUGUUUAAAAGGAUCUGGACUAACUAUUCUAGAUCAAGUGUCCCUAUUUUCCAGGGACAGUCCUGGAUGUGCAGAAGCUAUCCCAGUUUCUGAUUCGAUCCUGGAAUGUCCCGCUUUUCCUUAGGGCGUCCGUAUUUUUUUAAAUUUAUUUUUUUUAAUACUUUCAGAUUUAUAGAUUUUGCUGAUUUUACAAUCUGACCUUUCAAAGCCUGACUUCCUUCGCCCACCUUCUGCGGUUCCUUAAAUUUUAUUUUCAAUAUCUUCUGCAUAUCCAAAUUAACUUAAUUGGUUCAUUUAUUCAUCUUCUUCAAAUAUAUACUCUUACGAAACUGCAGGCUACAACAACAAUCCUGCCAUUGUUUCUGUCUGCUUACAAUUUAUCUGUAAAUAUUCAAUAAACAGUUUCCAUUCUUUUAUAAAAAAGUUUGUAUUUUCAUCAUAGAAUUUUUUUUAAAAGUUUGAUGUUUUAUUAUGUUUUCAUAGACGUUGGAAAGCCUCCUAGAGUGGCUGGGGCAACACAGUCAGAUGGGCGGGGUAUAAAUAGUAAAAAAUAUUAUUAUUAUCACUGUUACUAUCUGUCUAUCUCAGCCUCAGCUGCAAAAUAGGAUAAAUAAGUUGUAGGACCACAGUCGUGGCUAUACAUUAAAGGUAAUUUGGGUGAACUGCAUCUUGCCAUUACAACGAGAAAGUAGAGUACGUGCCACAUCUUGCAGUUAGAAAACAGUUCAGUGGAUGGAUUUGAAACUUGUCCAUCCGAGAGAGACCCUUGCUGAAUCUGGGGUAGACAGGGAAAGGGCUUAUUGUGAAAAUGUUGAACUUUGGAUAGAAGGCCCUGGCAUGCCUGCUGGUUCUGUGCAUCUAUAGACUUUGCUGGGGCGGUUUUUCCACCAUUUUUGCAUGCAGUGAAAUUUUGCAUAGGGGAACUGUUAGGGCCAGAGGCGCCAGCUUGCAAGUGCAAUUGGGGGAAUGAUGUGUACAUGAUGUUGCGACGUCGCGAGUGUGAUCAUUGCGCCUCCCUCCCUAAGCUGGGCAGAAGCUUCCCAAGGCUUUCGGAAGGACGCUCCAGGGGAACAUAUGGGGGCUAGCCUAGUUUCCCUAGUCCACUGACAAUGUGCCACUGGAUGGAAUUAGCUUCUGAUGUUUGUUUUAGCUUUUAAGCAUUUGUUAAAUUCACUUUAGGGACGCGGGUGGCACUGUGGGUUAAACCACAGAGCCAAGGACUUGCCGAUCAGAAGUUCGGUGGUUCGAAUCCCGCAACGGGGUGAGCUCCCGUUGCUCGGUCCCUGCUCCUGCCAACCUAGCAGUUUGAAAGCACGUCAAAGUGCAAGUAGAUAAAUAGGUACUGCUCCAGUGGGAAGGUAAACGGCGUUUCCGUGCGCUGCUCUGGUUCGCCAGAAGUGGCUUAAUCAUGCUGGCCACAUGACCCGGAAGCUGUACGCCGGCUCCCUCAGCCAGUAAAGCGAGAUGAGCGCCGCAACCCCAGAGUCGGUAAUGACUGGACCUAAUGGUCAGGGGUCCCUUUACCUUUAAAUUCACUCUGUAAAAAAAUCUGACACACAUAAAACCAAUGAGAGAUAAGGAAUGGAAAGUGACUCCACCGAAAGUAACUUGACGGUACAAAUUUUGAUCCGUACAAUUGAAAUUGGCUUAAUCUUGAAGUGUAAUCCAAUGAGACUGAAGACGAGACACUUGAGGUCCUGGACAAGGCAGUAAAAUACCUUCUGGAUCCUUGGACUGAUUUACAUCAAUAAGAGAACCAAUUUUUGAUGCGGUAAAAGAGAUGUGUCCACCACCAGCUACAAUUUCAAGCUCCGGCCGGCCAACUCUGUCUGGAGGAGGGCAUAAGCCACAGGGGUCAGCAAUCUUUUCCAUCAAGAGGCCGGUCCACUGUCCCUCAGACCUUGUGGGGGACCGAACUAUAUUUUUUUUGGGGGGGGAGAACAAAUUCCUAUGCCCCACAAAUAAUUUCAUUGUAAUUAAUUGUUAAUUUCAUUGUACACAGGUUGUACAUUGACAGUAAUGGUAUUAUUAUUAUCCAGAGAUGCAUUUUAAAUAAAAGGACACAUUCUACUCAUGUAAAAACAUGCUGAUUCCUGGACCGUCUGUGGGCUGGAUUGAGAAGGCGAUUGGGCCGCAUCCGGCCCCCGGGCCUUCGUUUGCCUACCCAUGGCAUAAGGCAUCAUCUUCUUUCGUUAUUUCCCUGUCGUCGAUCUCUUCCAUCACACAGUUGUGUACGUAGGCUUCUUUUCUGAUCACGACAUCAUUUUUAAAAUAAUUGCUGUUAUUUGCAUAUCUCGGUUUCCCGUCAGGGCGGAACUCGAACUCGAGAUACUUGCGGCCGAACUUCCCCUUGUUGUGCCGAAUGUAAUAACGCAAAUAGAAAUUGCUUGCCAUGGCUGCUGGCCCACCGAGAAACCAGCAUGCACCCUUAGCUUCUGCCGUUAAUUAAAAACUGUGUCUUUGUUCCCUCCCCAACCCCAUCAUCCUCUCUCUCCUAGAGUCAGGCAUGCAGGAGUCCGAGGGCGGCUCAGAUUCCACGACUCCUGUGGCGCUGCGAACGUCGGCAUCGGUCCAGGCCCCUGUGGUCCAGCCGGUGCCAGCAUCCCAGCAGGUAACCCCUCCAUCCGCUCUCCUCUCCCAAGCGAUGCUUUCUUGCUUCCUUCAACUCCGAGCCUUUGGGCAGGGAGAGGGCGGUCUUAUCUGCUUGCUGCCUCCCACCACCACCAAGCUAGUAUCAGGAAUGGGUACCACAGGGCAUCUGUUGAGGUCCACAGUCCCCUAUGAGGUCCACAGUCCCCUAUGCAGUCUGUCUCUUGUCUGUUCACCUGUCCCUCUGUGUUCACAAACCUCGCGAACCGUCUAUACCAGGGGCAAUAAAUAAUUUUUUAUUUAUACCCCGCCCUUCCCGGUUCAGAAAACCGGGCUCAGGGCGGCUGACAACAAAUUUAAAACACUUAAUUGAUGCAACAAAAAACCAGCGUAAAAUGCAGUAUAAAAUGUGAAUUCACAAUUCAAAAUUCAAUUUAGGGGGGAAAUCCAUCCAACAAACAUUAGAUGAUCACCAGGGCUAGCUGGCUAAAUUAGUGCUAUUUGGGCCAGCGAGGAGACCAGGGGAGAAUUAGCUGUGGGAUACGAGAGCGGGUAAUCUUCAUAAAAAGGGAAGGAAGGGGAAUAAAAGAUCAGGCUGAAUUCUAAUUAAAGGCCAGGUGGAAUAGCUCUGUCUUACAGGCCGGUGGAAGGAAGUUAAAUCCUGCAGGGCCCUGGUCUCAUGGGACAGAGCAUUCCACCAGGUCGGAGCCAUCACUGAGAAGGGUAGUCAACCUUUUUAUACCUACUGCCCACUAAUGCAUCUUUCUUGAUGGUGAAAGUUCCUUACCGCCCUCCAGUGCUUGAUGGAAGGAGGAUUCAUCUUGUGCCGUAGAACCCCACACCGCCCACCCAGAAUCCUGAAACGCCCACUAGUGGGCGGUAGGGACCAGGUUGACAACCCGUGGUCUAUAUGGAUGGGGCAAGUUGUAGGGCCUGCAGCAGGCAGGACAAAGGGUGGAGGAGAAAUUAGAUUCAUGUUCACAUUCAAAGGCAAGCCUAUUGAAUUUGCACUCCCUGGAAGAAACACGCAAACUGAAACACAGCCAUCCUUCGAAAUUUGCAGUGACGGUGGAACCUUGGUUCUGGAAUGGCUCAGUUGCCGAAAAAAUCUGCUCCCGAACGCCGAAAACCUGGAAUGAGUGUUCCGGUUUUCGAACGUUUUUCGGAAGCCGAACGUCCGAUGCGGCUGUCGGCUAUUGUCUUGUGGCAUCCGAAAACACCAAAAUAGUUUUCUCGUGGCGUGGCUGUACCUCCGAUGUGCAGUGGCUCUACAUGGCAUGAAAUGGGUUUGCAAACCACGGUUUAGUGUGCUUUCUCAUUUGGCAAGCCACGGUUAUAACCCUGACUCUGCUUCCAGAGGCCCCUGCCUUAUAGAAAUGGGAGUGGGGAGUGGGUGGGAAACAGCAAUUUCUAAACCAUGGCCUGGCUUUUAUGUAUGAAAGCACAAGCGAUGGUUUUAAAACCAUCGUUUACUGGUGAUGUCCGGAAAGAACCAGGGUUUCGUGUGUAUUCUUCAGUGUUUGCCAAGUGUUCAGCGGCAGCCUCUGUUGGACACAGCGAGCCGCUUGCAGGCUGUUUUAAUUUUUGGCUUAUUGCUAGAUUCCAAUGUGUUUCCUGGUAGGGUUUAUAUGCGUGUUGAACACCGCCUCGAGGGAUGUCAGCAGAGAGGUGCUUUUGUAAAUGUAAAGGCAUCAGAAAGGGUGAUUCCGUGUUUGUUUGUUUGUCUUCCAGAGGGUUUUGGUGCAGGCGACAGGCUCCACUCCGAAAGGGGCGCAAAUGCAACAGCUGUCCGUCCCCAGAGUCCAGCAGGUUCCACAGCAGGUAAUAUCCGUUUUGCAACAGAGACCAGGUUGCUCCCAGACUUCAGCUGAACCCUGUGCUGGCUUCAGAAAAAAAGUCAAACGGAAAAGAAUAGACCAUAUCACACCAUCAGAUGUCUUAGUAAAAGGUAAAGGGACCCCUGACCAUUAGGUCCAGUCGUGACCGACUCUGGGGUUGCGGCGCUCAUCUCGCUUUAUUGGCCGAGGGAGCCGGCGUACAGCUUCCGGGUCAUGUGGCCAGCAGGACUAAGCCGCUUCUGGCGAACCAGAGCAGUGCACGGAAACGCCGUUUACCUUCCCGCCGGAGUGGUACCUAUUUAUCUACUUGCACUUUGACGUGCUUUCGAACUGCUAGGUUGGCAGGAGCAGGGACCGAGCAACGGGAGCUCACCCCGUCGCAGGGAUUCAAACCGCCGACCUUCUGAUCAGCAAGUCCUAGGCUCUGUGGUUUAACCCACAGCGCCACCCACGUCCCUUUCAAAUGUCUUAGUUUGGGGAUAAUAGCGUAAGAACAUAAUAUAACCUUAAAUUUAAAUUUAAAAAACACACCUCUUGAGUUUUGAGGCAUGCUUCCAUAAAACAGCUGUGGACAAGUUUAGACUAGCUGCAUUCUGUCUUGAACACAAACUUCUCAUCGAAGGAAGAUUGCCUCUGGGGACCCAAACAGGGAAGUGUUUGUAAAUGGGAAAAGCAUUAGUUCCUUUCUUAGUCUAUCUCUCUCUGCCCCUUUUAGAGCCACAGAUUAUUGCUGUUGUUGUUGUUGUUUAGUCGUUUAGUCGUGUCCGGCUCUUCGUGACCCCCUGGACCAGAGCACGCCUGUCUUCCACUGCCUCCCGCAGUUUGGUCAAACUCAUGCUGGUAGCUUCGAGAACACUGUCCCACCAUCUCGUCCUCUGUCGUCCCCUUCUCCUUGUGCCCUCCAUCUUUCCCAACAUCAGGGUCUUUUCCAGGCAGUCUUCUCUUCUCAUGAGGUGGCCAAAGUAUUGGAGCCUCAGCUUCAGGAUCUGUCCUUCCAGUGAGCAGUCAGGGCUGAUUUCCUGAGCCACAGAUUAGCUGCAAUUUAAAAAAAAACUUUUUAUAAACAUGCAAGUUCAGGACACAGUCGUACCUUGGUUUUCAAACAGAAGCGUUCCAGAAGUCCAUUCAACUUCUGAAACGUUCAGGAACUAAGAUGCAACUUUCGAUUGGCUGCAGGAGCGUCCUGCAGCCAAUCGGAAGCUGCACCGGAUUUUUGGCUUCCAAGGCAAAGUUUGCAAACCGGAACACCUAUUUCCGGGUUUGCGGUGCCUGAGUUCCAAUUUGUUCGUGAACUGAGCUGUUCGAAAACCAAGGUACGAUUAUACAGAUACGUUAACUGGACGCACUGCAUUCAGACGAGCAUCAUUCUCUAAGCUUAAGUGGUGUUGCUAUACAAUUAAAGAAAAAAGAAAAAUUUCCAGAUGAAUUUCAACCAAAAAGGUCCUACUCAGCACCUUAAGACGCAGGUGGUGCUGUGGGUUAAACAACAGAGCCUAGGGCUUGCCGAUCAGAAGGUCGGCGGUUCGAAUCCCCGCGACGGGGUGAGCUCCCGUUGCUCGGUCCCUGCUCCUACCAACCUAGCAGUUCGAAAGCACGUCAAAGUGCAAGUAGAUAAAUAGGUACCGCUCUGGCGGGAAGGUAAAUGGUGUUUCCGUGCACUGCUCUGGUUCGCCAGAAGCGGCUUCGUCAUGCUGGCCACAUGCGGCCAAUAAAGCGAGAUGAGCGCCGCAACCCCAGAAUCAGCCACGACUGGGCCAAUUGGUCAGGGGUCCUUUACAGCACCUUAAAAACCUUACUUGGGAGUAAGUACCAUUGAAGUCAGGGGCACAUACUUCUGAGUAGACACAUUUUUCAAAACAUAAAUCCGAAGCGGCAGGAUUUUCUUGUAAUGAAUUCUCUCUUCUUUUGAUAAUUCUGGAAGUCACCUAGCAAAUGCAGGCCUGCUCUGAAUUAGUUGACACAUGUAUCUAUAGAUUAUUUAUGACCUGGUGUUUGAUUGGCAUCCUCAAAGUUUGCAACACAUAAAUCGCGCAAAGUCAAAUCAGGAAACACCCUCCCCAACGUGGUGAUCUUCAAACGUUGUUGGACCACAAAUCCCAUCAGCCCCAGCCUACAUGGCCAGGGAUGAUGGGACUUGUAGUCCAAAACAUACAGGCGGCACUUGGUUGAGGAAGGCUGCCUUAAGUCAAAAACCACAAGAGCCAGCACUUCCCGCCCCCCAAACCAAGCAUGUAAUGCCUGUCUGAAUACAACAUCCUUUAAGUGAGUACCAGUGGGGGAAAGUUGGUUGGCAGUAACCCUCAGCCAUACUGACUCCAAAAGGCAAGCUCUGAAAAUUGCCAGAGACUCUUAAUACAGCUCCCAGUGCCCCCAUGUGGCUAUUCCUGUCCUGUCGUUACUGCUUUCUGUCCAACUCCACCCAAAACAAGCCCAAAUCAAGUAGUCUUUGUGCCUGUGAAUAUUAUUUUGUAGAGUCUACUGGAUAGGCAGAAAGAGUUGGUAGGCAGAGUCUCUGUGUCCCAGAAAAUUCUGGGUAUUGGAUGCCACAGGAGGUGUAAAACCUAUCCAGCUCUUUUGCACAGUGGGUCAGCAAUAUCGGUCUCUUAACUAAGUCAGUUGUGUGUUUUUUAACAUUUAUGUAAAUGAAAAUAAAAUUAUUUGAAUUCUUAAAAAUAAAAUGCAAAGUGGUAUAAUCUUAUUUGCACAGCUCACAAACCGACGGCAAAGCCACUUGAACAGGAGAAGUCCCAGAGCAGUCAUUAAAACUCUUGCAAACUGCAUAGAACUGCUCAGUUGCCAUUGUUGAUUUGCAGCCGGGAUUUGGUAAUUCUUCUGUGUUCAUUUAUUUAUCUUGAGUGUAUAGACUGCCCGUCAACUUAAAACCUCUGGGCAAUUUGCAAGCUUGAUAAAAAUACAAAAUGCAGUCCCGGUUGUUGUUUUUUUAAAACCUCCCCGCCCCGUGUUAACCAACCAUGAGCAAUAUUUAUUUAUUUAAAACAAUACGUCACCAUGCAUGCACAUACACGAAUCUAAAAUCCUGAACAGUUGCAACAGGGUGUUCACUGCCCCACGCAGGAGGGAGGAUGAACCCAGAACAUUGGUGCGCAAGCUCUUAUAUAGACUUUUGAAAUUGCCGCCAUGUAGCUCAAGACCCACCCCCAAAAACAUCGUACAUAGGUCACAGAAGGGGCGGUCUACAGCAGAAUCCUGUUUGGCAGGAAACCUGUUAAUGGGUUUACCUGGGCAGCCUGGCCAUUCUUUUGUGAUGAUAGUUACAGGCAGGUAGCCGUGUUGGUCUGCCGUAGUCGAAACAAAAUAAAAAAUUCCUUCAAGUAGCACCUUAGAGACCAGCUAAGUUUGUUAUUGGUAUGAGCUUUUGUGAAGAAGUGUGCAUGCACACGAAAGCUCAUACCAAUAACAAACUUAGUUGGUCUCUAAUGUGCUACCAGAAGGAAUUCUUUUUUAUUUUGUGAUGAUAAAUACUUAAUUACUGAGUCCAGGUCACAGGCUCACCCUUGUUGUUUUUCAGUCGUUUAGUCGUUUAGUCUUCGUGACCCCCUGGACCAGAGCACGCCAGGCACUCCUGUCUUCCACUGCCUCCCGCAGUUUGGUCAAACUCACGCUGGUAGCUUCGAGAACACUGUCCCACCAUCUCGUCCUCUGUCGUCCCCUUCUCCUUGUGCCCUCCAUCUUUCCCAGCAUCAGGGUCUUUUCCAGGGACUCUUCUCUUCUCCUGAGGUGGCCAAAGUACUGGAGCCUCAGCUUCAGGAUCUCUCCUUCCAGUGAGCACUCAGGGCUGAUUUCCUUAACCCUAUUCAUACCCAAAUGUGCCCUUAAGGCUGGAUUUGUGAGCACAGAGACAAUGGGGAGGCUUUUCCCAUUCCCAUCCAAACUGCAGAGGAAUAUUUGAGGUCACUGAAAGAGUCAGAAUGGCUUUGGGACUGUUUUCCUGUACUGUUUCAGACAUGUGGUUUAUAUAUUUAUAUAUGUGAUUGCCUGGUCCAUUUAUGAACAUUUAUUUUAUAUCUUAGAUCUUAUAAUUCUCAUAACAAGGCUAAUACGAAUGUCUCUAUAGUAUAGGCACUGGAGAAGCACACAGUCUAUCGUUUUUAUUUGUCCACAUAGCAUGUUGUUGUUGUUGUUGUUGUUGUUGAGUCGUUUAGUCGUGUCCUCCUCUUCGUGACCCCCUGGACCAGAGCACGCCAGGCACUCCUGUCUUCCACUGCCUCCCGCAGUUUGGUCAAACUCAUGCUGGUAGCUUUGAGAACACUAUCCAACCACCUCGUCCUCUGUCGUCCCCUUCUCCUUGCGCCCUCCAUCUUUCCCACCAUCAGGGUCUUUUCCAGGGAGUCUUCUCUUCUCAUGAGGUGGCCAAAGUCUUGGAGCGUCAGCUUCAGGAUCUGUCCUUCCAGUGAGCACUCAGGGCUGAUUUCCUUCCGAAUGGAGAGGUUUGAUCUUCUUGCAGUCCAUGGGACUCUCAAGAGUCUCCUCCAGCACCAUAAUUCAAAAGCAUCCGUUCUUCGGCGAUCAGCCUUCUUUAUGGUCCAGCUCUCACUUCCAUACAUCACUACUGGGAAAGCCAUGGCUUUUACUAUACGGACCUUUGUCAGCAAGGUGAUGUCUCUGCUUUUUAAGAUGCUGUCUAGGUUUGUCAUUGCUUUUCUCCCAAGAAGCAGGUGUCUUUUAAUUUCGUGGCUGCUGUCACCAUCUGCAGUGAUCAUGGAGCCCAAGAAAGUAAAAUCUCUCACUGCCUCCAUUCCUUCCCUUUCUAUUUGCCAGGAGGUGAUGGGACCAGUGGCCAUGAUCUUCGUUUUUUUGAUGUUGAGCUUCAGACCAUAUUUUGCGCUCUCCUCUUUCACCCUCAGUAAAAGGUUCUUUCCACAUAGCAUAGAAUUGUUAAAAGAUUCCCCCUGCUCCCUGAACUCCUCUUCCACCUUCUCAGUUGCUUUGCUGGUCUUAGAAAUGUGUCGUGGGAGAAGCUUUUGCUCAGCUUGGGUGCAGGGACAUGAGACUGUUUUCCCCUCCGUUGCGCCUCGCAGCCCAGGGAGCUGGUGGGAUGCUGAUUCUGUUGUAGAGACGCAGUGGCAAGAUUUCAUGGCUGCUCCCAUCUCCGUGCCUUUCUCUUAGGUGCAAACGGUACAGCAUGUCUAUCCAGCUCAAGUCCAGUACGUCGAAGGAGGAGAAGCUGUCUAUACCAAUGGGACCAUGUAAGUAUCCCUUCCCUUCCCAGUUACCAUAUUGGCCUGAAUAUAAGCUUCACUGUUUUCCCCAAAUUCCGACCAUGAAAAGUUAAAUGGCGGCUUAAAUUUGCAACCUUACAAAAACUGGCUUUUACGAUAUCGCUGCUGGGACAGACAUACGGUAGGACGGAAUGGGUGUGAGUGCCUGUGGAAUUUUAAGGGAGCGGGUUAUGUUCGGCUUUUUCCUCCCCCCCCCCCCCGGAGGAGCUCAGGAUAGCUUUUUAGUUUAGAGAGAAGGCGAUUAAGAGGAGACACGAUCAAGGUGUAUAAGAUAAUGAAUGCAGGGGUGGGAGAAUUCAGGACAGAUAAAAGAAAGUGCUUCUUCACAGAGAGAAGGGGGGGGAGUACUUUUAAACAUUUUUUCUAAUUCAUUAUAGAUCAUUUCCCAGGGCAAUAUUUGGUUUUCAACUUUGUGAUAUUAUCACCAGCUUAAUAUCACAGUAUACCGAUAUAUCACAAUGUCUGGACCAAGGAUGAAACUAUGUACAUGCUUCAUGGUUUUUCUCCCCAGUAUCGUGAUUUUUGCAUAGCACACACAAACACACACCCUGAUUUGCAAUAUAGUGCCAGGUCAAAAAUUAUGGAAGCAAGAUCAUGAUAGGGACUUUGGAUGAUAUAUUGAGAUAUUGAAUUAUCCCCAACAGAAAGGGCUCUGUUAUUUUGGGGCAAGUACAGUGGUACUUCUGGUUGCGAAUGGGAUCCAUUCCAGAGCCCCGUUCGCAACCUGAAUGGAACGCAACCGAUGUCUGCGUACGCGCGGGUGGCAAUUCGCCACUUCUGCUCAUGCGUGGAAUGGCAGUUAUUGCUUGGGGAUGGAAAGGAAAGGCCAAAUGGAAUAUGGAAAAAUGGAAUGAUUAUGUUUUUGAAUACGUACAAUCAGAAAUAUUCGCACAAAUAGUGGCAGAGGAUAGAUAGGAAAAUAAAUGCCAAAGAAUUACAAAUAAAUGGGCAUUUUACAGGGACUGGAUAGAAAGAGAGGAAGCCAAGCCUAACAUACAAGCUCGAAUGAACAGACUGUGUACAUGGAUAAAGAUAUGAAGAAGGAAGGCCUGACCGGGGGGGAGGGCUGGAGGGGGAAGGGAAGGGUGGGGGAGUAAACCGGAUGGUAUUUUGAAUUGAUUUUGUUAUGUAAGCCUUUUUUCAGAAACCAUAUAUAUUAAUGUUAUGUAGUUAUGCAUUGUAGUACGAAUGAAUUUUGUUUUGUAUUCUUUGUUUUAUAGAAUACAUAUAAUAAUGUUAUGUUACUAAGCAAAUUUAAUAAAACAGUAAAAAAAAAACCCAAAAACUUCUGCUCAUGCGCGUGACAUCAUUUUGCAUGUCUGUGCAUGUGCGAGCGGCGAAACCCGGAAGUAACCCUUUCCCGUACUUCUGGGUCGCUGCGGGACGCAACCUGAAAAGACGUAACCCGCAGCGUUUGCAACCCGAGGUAUGACUGUACUUUCAAACCCUUAGGUCUUCACGGACCCUCUCGGAAGGCCUGACUGCGUGUGUUCGUAACUAAACCCCUUGUCACUUUGUCUCCUGUCUCUCCCCCCCACCAACCCCGGUCUUCUGGCAGACGUGCCGCUUAUUCCUACAACACGGAAGCUCAGAUCUACGCCCCCAGCAGCGCCUCCUCCUACUUCGAAGCGCAGGGAGGCAGCUCUCAGGUGAGCACGGGGCCCUCGUCGCCCACCACCAUACCCUCGCACAGCAUGGUGGGCAUCGCGAUGGACAUCGGGGGAAGCCAGAUCGUGUCCAGCUCGGGAGCCUACCUCAUCCACAGCGGCAUGGAGAGCGCCAGGCACGCCCUCUCGCACACCUCGCGCUCCUCCCCAGCCACGGUACGUCGGGGCUUGCCGCCGCCGCCUCCCUGAAGUCACAUUGAGGUGCAUUCUGAGAAGGGGGGGCAGGGUGUUUCAGGCACCUGCAAGCGAAUAAUAAUAAUAAUUUAUUAUUUAUACCCCGCCCAUCUGGCUGAGUUUCCCCAGCCACUCUGGGUGGCUCCCAAUCAAGUGUUAAAAACAGUACAGCGUUACAUAUUAAAAACUUCCCUGAACAGGGCUGCCUUCAGAUGUCUUCUGAAUGUCAGGUAGUUGUUUAUCUCUUUGACAUCUGAUGGGAGGGCGUUCCACAGGGCGGGAGCCACUACCAAGAAGGCCCUCUGUCUGGUUCCCUGUAGCUUUGCUUCUCGCAAUGAGAGAACAGCCAGAAGGCCCUUGGAGCUGGAUCUCAGUGUCCGGGCAGAACGAUGGGGGUGGAGACGCUCCUUCAGGUAUACUGGGCCGUUUAGGGCUUUAAAGGUCAGCGCCAACACUUUGAAUGGUGCUCGGAAACGUACUUGGGAAGGUGGCGGUGAUUGCUGGACAUUGGGACUAGCAGGGCGGAACCCGUAGCUAGAGCCAGAGUUGGUGGCAGGUGGAGUCAACUCAGCACUAGGGCAGGGGUCAGCAACCUUUUUCAGCCGUGGGCCAGUCCACCGUCCCUCAGAGCAGGUGGUGGGCCGGACUAUAUUUUGGAGAGAAAAAAUAUGAAUGAAUUUCUACGCCCCACAAAUAACCCAGAGAUGCAUUUUAAAUAAAAGCACACAUUCUACUCAUGUAAAAACACGCUGAUUCCCGGACCGUCCGCGGGCUGGAUUGAGAAGGCGAUUUGGGCCGCAUCCGGCCCCCGGGCCUUAGUUUGCCUACCCCUGGUCUAGGGUUCUUCCCCAUCUGUGUCACUGCUGAGUAAUAGGAGGGCAGGGACGUGGGUGGCGCUGUGGUCUAAACCACUGAGCCUCUUGGGCUUGCCGAUCAGAAGGUUCGUGGACAAACACCAGCUCCGUCAGCCUAAAAGCAAGAUGAGCGCUGCAACCCCAUAGUUGCCUUUGACUGGACUUAACCUUCCAGGGGUCCUUUGUCUUUUACUUUACACUCAUCUGUCUGCUACCGGCUCAUGUAGACGCGGGUGGCGCUGUGGGUUAAACCACAGAGCCUAGGACUUGCCGAUCAGAAGGUUGGCGGUUUGAAUCCCUGCGACGGGGUGAGCUCCUGUUGCUCGGUCCCUGCUCCCGCCCACCUAGCAGUUCGAAAGUACGUCAGAGUGCAAGUAGAUAAAUAAGUACCACUCUGGCGGGAAGGUAAACGGCACUUCUGUGUGCUGCUCUGGAUCGCCAGAAGCGGCUUAGUCAUGCUGGCCACAUGACAAAACUUGUCUGCGGACAAACGCCAGCUCCCUUGGCCUAUAGAGUGAGAUGAGCGCGCAACCCCAGAGUCGUCCACGACUGGACCUAACAGUCAGGGGUACCUUUACCUUUAAGCCCUGAUCUGGACUCUGUACUUCUGUAAAUAGCAUUAGCUUUUUCUGCCGCUGCAUCACACGGUUCAAGUUGGGGGGCAAGUGCCCCAUUUACGUAGUGGAUCAGCUUCCAAUGGGAGUAGAAGUACAGAAGUUGAGCAUCUCUGCUGCAGUAGAUAAAUGGACAUUUGGGACUCAGGUGUGUGUCUUGGGGUGGGCCUAAAAACAACUCUUCUGUCUCACAUGGGGUGCUGCCAAAUUUUGCAUUUACAUCCGGUGCAUUGAGCCUUUUAUAUACCUCCCCUUAAGAUGGGAGAAAUAAAAGGCUUUAAAGCUGUGCAGAUCGGACUCAUAGCUGUCAACUCACAGAUUUGAAAAUAAGGGACCAGCAGCCUCAAAAAUAAGGGAUCAGCAGCCAAAAUAAGGGAUUUUAGUCAACCAGCAGCCAAACGAAGCCUCAAGCGGUGGUUCCCACAGCGCAGCAACCUGGCAAAGGGGAUGCAGCAAGGAAAACCACUGUCUCCUCUCCGCUGGGAAGUGCUGAGCAAAGGCGAGUCCCCAGGCAACGCUGCCGAUUUGAUUGGCACAAGGCAUGCAAGCUCCACCCCCCAGUCGUUCUUAGACUCCUUAUUGGGUGAGCAACACAACCAAGCAACACAGCUGGAGCCUCCCUCCUCCCUGGCCGGCAGGGAGGGAGGGAGAGGAGCUGCUUCCUUUGAAACCCGGGAAAUGUAAGGGACAUCAUCAAUAAGGGACAGCAGCGGGACACGGCGCUGGGAUAAGGGACUUUCCCGCCAUAUAAGGGACUGUUGACAGCUAUGAUCGGACUGCUUUGGGGAAAAGUUGAAGGAGCUGAGCAAUACUGAAGAAGAGAAGACUUAAGGGGGGGGGUGAUGGCAGAUUCCUUUUUCGCGUGAAAAAGGGCAGAGACCGAAAGACUGAUAUCCAAUGCUGGUUUUAGAUGAACCCAUUGAAAUGGAUGAGCAUGGCCAAUUUGGGCCCAUUAAUUCCACUGGGUCCAAGGAAACCCUUUCUGCUUUCAACCCCCAAGUCGCCACUGCCUUCCUGUUUUGAUAUGUGACUUCUAAAUCAGUGAGGGGGUAGACCCCUGAUAAACCUAUAUUUGCAGCGCAAGGGGCUGCUUCUUUCUCUUCCGCACCCCCUCCCCCCCAAAAAAAUACCACCUGCACUGUGUGGCUUCUUUUGCAUGCCUUCCACCCCCACCCCCCAUGUAACAUUCCUGCGCCUGAUCCCAUGCCUCACUUUGCCUGUUUGAGGGAAGGGCUUCACGGUGGCUCAGGCGGGUCCCCCCCCCCCGGCUGUUUGCCGAAUGUCUGAUUUCCCUUCUUUUUUCUCUCUCUCUCUGGCCUCGCUGCCGCCCCUUUUCCAGCUUGAAAUGGCGAUUGAAAACCUCCAAAAAAAUGAAGGCAUAACGUCGCACAAAAGCAGCUUGCUCAACAGCCAUGUAAGUUUGCCUCCCACCUGCCUGGCUCCUCCGUAGACAACCCACCCCCUGCCCCGGCGCCCUGUUUUCCAGCUUCUGCGCGCUUUUCAGAAUCCCAUUUACUGCAGCGAAGCACAAGCCGAGCACAAGCGCGUAUCUCCCCCACCGCCGGUUGCCAGGAGCAAACCUCAGCCCUGUAAACGAUUCAUUAAAUCCGUGGUUCCCAAUUAGCGAAGUACUGCGGACCCCGCUCUUUUCCAGAAGCCAAGCCGUGCGCCCCCUGCUUUUGAAAACGUUGACGUUUCUAGGGUAGUUUUUGUUCCGCGAAUGGUGCAACGGACCCCCUGGCAUCCACAGAUCCACCAAUCACCGUAUUUUCCCCUCUAUAAGACGCACCAGACCACAAGACGCACCUAGUUUUUGGAGGAGGAAAACAAGAAAAUAAUAUUCUGAAUCUCAGAAGCCAGAACAGCAAGAGCGAUCGCUGUGCAGUGAAAGCAGCAAUCCCUCUUCACGUUCUGGCUUCUGGGAUAGCUGCGCAGCCUGCAUUCGCUCCAUAAGACGCACACACAUUUCCCCUUUUUAGGAGGGGAAAAGUGCGUCUAAUAGAGCAAAAAAUACGGUAAAUGUGCUCCCCGGUUUUGAGCUUGUGAGGCGCACACAUCACAAGGCAAGGCAGCAGAGACAGAUAGGUCAGAAAGGACCACGCCAUCUGCUGGGAAACUUCCCCACUCCUGAAAUGCAAUAUAGGAAAAUUGUACCUAAUCAGAUCCAUCUACCUUGUCUGCACUGACUGGCAGCCGCUCUGCAGGGUUAAUAAUAAUAAUAAUAAUAAUAAUUUAUUAUUUAUACCCCGCCCAUCUGGCUGGGUUUCCCCAGCCACUCUGGGCGGCUUCCAACAAAACACUAAAAUACAGUAACCUAUUAAACAUUUUCCCUAAACAGGGCUGCCUUCAGAUGUCUUCUGAAAGUUUGGUAGUUAUUUUUCUCUUUGACAUCUGGUGGGAGGGCGUUCCACAAGGCGGGUGCCACCACCGAGAAGGCCCUCUGCCUGGUUCCCUGUAGCUUUGCUUCUCGCAGCGAGGGAACCGCCAGAAGGCCCUCGGCGCUGGACCUCAGUUUUGGGCAGAGCGGGUCAUACAAUCGUAGAAUUGUAGAGAUGCCAAGGACCUUCCAUGUGUGAACUUGGCCACUGAGCUGCAGUUUCCCCCCUAUAAACUAAGCCCCCUGUUUUAGCCCCUGUGCUUCCGAACGAAGGGCUGAUUUGAAAGGAAGUGGUGGGGUGCUACUAUGGACAAGCCAGGCUGUUGAAUCAUUUAGUUCAGUGUUUUCUGCACUGGCUGGCAGCGGCUCUCCAGGGUUUCAUGUAGGGGUCUCCCUCUCAACCCUACUGGGGAUCCUAAAGGUUGAAAUCUUGGACCUUCUGCAUGUGUGAUGGCAGGCUGCCUAAGACACAGCAAUGGCCAAGCAGCCCAUUGACGCCCACAAACAUUAAGCUUGUGUGGCAUAUUAACUGCUUUGUAUGUGCUGCUGGGUACCGAUCAAUCACUUGUACCAGGAGCGCUGGUGGCGCUGGGGUCUAAACCACUGCGCCUCUUGGGCUUGCCGAUCAGAAGGUCAGCGGUUCGAAUCCCCGCGACGGGGUGAGCUCCUGUUGCUCUGUCCCAGCUCCUGCCAACCUAGCAGUUCGAAAGCACACCAGGGCAAGUAGAUAAAUAGGUACCACUACGGAGGGAAGGUAAACGGCGUCUCCAUGCACUCUGGACAAUCACAGUGUUCCAUUGUGCCAGAAGCGGUUUAGUCCUGCUGGCCACAUGACCCGGAAAGCUGUCUGUGGACAAAUGCCGGCUCCCUUGGCCUGUAAGCGAGAUGAGUGCCGCCUUUGACUGGACUUAACCGUCCAGGAGUCUUUUACCUUUACCUUUUAAAAAAAUUACUUGUACCCCGCCCACCUGACAGGGUUGCCCCAGCACCUUUGGGCGGCUUCCAACAUAAUAAAAACACAGCAAAUAAUAAUAAUAUUCUUAUUUAUUCCCCAGCCACUCUGGGCGGCUUCCAACAUAAUAGAAAAACAGCAAAUAUAAAACAUUUAAAACUUCCUGGCUGCCUUCAGAUGUCUCCGGAAAGUCGCGCAGUUGUUUAUCUCCUUUGACAUCUGACGGGAGGGCGUUCCACAGGGCAGGCGCCACCACCGAGAAGGCCCUCUGCCUGGUUCCCUGCAACCUCACUUCCCGCAGGGAGGGAACCACCAGAAGGCCCUCAGAGCUGAACGAUGGGGGUGGAGACGCUCCUUCAGGGAUACUGGGCCGAGGCUGUUUAUGGAUUUGAAAGGUCAGCACCAACACUUUGAAUUGUGCUCCGAAACGUACUGGGAGCCAAUGUAGGUCUUUCAAGACCGGUGUUAUAUGGUCUCAGCGGCCACUCCCAGUCCCCAGUCUACCUGCCGCAUUCUGGAUUAGUUGUAGCUUCCGAGUCACCUUCAAAGCUUUACUUCUGGUCCACUGCUCCUUCCAGAAGCGCUCCCCUUAUCCGCAGCCUUCCCUGUCUUCCGUCGCAGCAGAUCUGCCUCCGCUUGGCUCCUCUUUCUGUCCUGUCCUGAAGUGGUGCCCCUUCUUGCUACCUGCCAAGUUAACUGCAUGCUCCUUAGCCCUUCACAGAGCUUUUGGUAGCUUCUCUCAGCUGUUGGGUUCAGGGGAGGAAGAGCAGGGAGCAACGCAAACAGUUGCGGGGCAGGAAAGAGCUGCGGUGUAUUGCAGCGUGUGUCUUAUCAAGCAGACUCUGAACUUAGGCCUGUCUGAAGCCUAGCAUGUUAGGCCGGGGCUGGGGAAGAUCUGGCAGCCCAGAUCUUCAUCUCCCUUCCUCCGUCCCUGCAGGUGCCCCCCCCCCAACUGGCAAAGUUGAACAGUGGGUAGAGAGGCCAGCCCGUCGCCAGCAUGUUUCCUGCAUGAAACGCUGGCAAAUCAGCACCUGGCAGGGUUGAGGUUCUCUGCUUCAUCGGUGCAUGAGUUGGGGGGCGCGGGGGGGGGGCGUGUGAGGUUUUAGUCUGGCCGUGAAUGGUUUCGUGGGCCCAGUUGGAUGCGUCUGCACUCAAGAUCGUACUUGCUCCACCGCGAAGCUGCCGUUUUGCGUGGCGAGUUCCCGCCUCCCCCCAAUGAAAGAAAGACACAGGACACAAGAAUUCAGGUCAAUGGGUCGAAUUAGGCCACAACUUUAUUGAUUACAGGAAUUGAGCGGUAUUGGCUUAGGCAUUGGUCCUAACUACUAACUGCCUAGAAGCCGGAAGGGUUAAUCACCAGGGGGAGGAGUCCUGCUGAGGCACGUCAACUAGGCUUUCCCCCGGGCGUCACCGCGUGGGGGCGUGCCGUGGGCCCAUACCUCCCUAGGCUUAGGACAAGGCCACGCCCCCCGGAAUCCUUUACCGGACUACCCUUUGAUUUGGGGGAAGGUGAUGGCGCUACCUUCCCCCCCCAUCAUCUGCAUAACAACAGGCCAGUACCCCUACCAAUGCCUAACUGCUGCAGCAGCGGAGGAAAAGAGGAGGAGCCUCGGCUGCGGCAGGUUUAAAUAGCUGAGGCCCCGCCCCCGGAGCCCCGAUUGGCUGGCCCGGGGUAUGACACGGGCGGGGAUUCCCUUAGGUAUCGCGGGGGCUGUAGCCAGCCCCCACGAAUGUGGGGAAGGGGCGUGACGCCCGCAACCCCACCUCCUGUGUUUAUUGUGGAAGUGGCUUUCCCACAACAAAUUCAGGUUUCGUCCCUUGCAACAACAGAAAAAAUUGGCCUACCCAACCAUUUUGGGGACCUGCGAUCAGACCGUAGUAGAAUUUAUUUUAUUGCAUGAAAUUUCUUCGGCCAUCCCUCGUAGCCGAGUAAGAUUGCCUUCCAUAAACACGGUUUUAACAGUGAGUCCGUAAGUGACUGUGGAGGCCAAUUCUGGAUCCCCAUGUCCUUCUGCAGUGGGGACAUUGGUUUCUGGGCGGGAGCUGAUCAUGGUGUGGAUUUGCCAAGCGUGCCUUCCUCCUAGCACGUUUCUCCCUUGCGUCCUGAGUUCGAGCGUCUUCAAGGCCCAUGACGCCUUUGGCAAAGGCUGUUCUCCAGCAUGAAAUUUAUACACCCCUCAAAGCGGUUUGCAAAAGACGACAGCUGCCUUUUGCGCGUUUGCUUGGUGGUAAGGGGGAGACGUUCAUAGAAUCGAAUCAUAGAUUUGUAGAGUUGGAAGGCCCCCUGUGGAUCAUCUAUCCCAACCCCCUGCAACGCAGGAAUAUUAUCUGCCCCAUACAGGGAUCGAACCCACAACCUUGGGGUCAUCAGCACCACGCUCUAACCAACUGAGCUACCCUAGUACUCUCUUUUACGUUUGGUUCCAAUUGCGUCCUUUGUGGGAGCUGUGCGCGUGCGAACGAGCGGGACCCAGCAUGCAAAACCCUCUUAAAUUCUCUCUUCCCCCUUCUCUCCCUUUAAAAAAUGAAAUCUGCAGCUUCAGUGGCUGCUGGACAACUACGAGACGGCCGAAGGGGUCAGCCUGCCCCGCAGCUCUCUCUAUAACCAUUACCUGCGCCACUGCCAAGAGCAUAAGCUGGACCCCGUGAACGCCGCGUCCUUCGGGAAGCUGAUCCGCUCCGUCUUCAUGGGACUGAGGACCCGUCGGCUUGGCACAAGGUUUGCAGGGCAGGCGCGGUUGCAGCAGUGGGGGCUUAAGAGGCCUCUGCAGGGAAAAUUUACGGAAUAUCUGAAAAGUAUAUGUGAUGUUCAAACAACGCUAGUGGGGUUUCAAGAAGCACUGUGAAAUUGGAGAUAUAUUGUUAAAAAGAAAUAGUUAGGGGAAGGGAAGACUAACAGCAAUAUUAAACAUAAGAAAUGUGUAAUUGAGAGAUAAAUAUGGAUGAUUGUCAGAGAAGCUGAAGGAAGUCCUAAAUGAGAUAAAUUUGUGAGAAUUUGGAUAAGAAAUUGUAUAUUUGUGUUGAAAAUUACCGUAUUUUUUGCUCUAUAAGACUCACUUUUUCCCUCCUAAAAAGUAAGGGGAAAUGUGUGUGCGUCUUAUGGAGUGAAUGCAGGCUGCGCAGCUAUCCCAGAAGCCAGAACAGCAAGAGGGAUUGCUGCUUUCGCUGCACAGUGAUCCCUCUUGUUGUUCUGGCUUCUGAGAUUCAGUAUUUUUUUCUUCUUGUUUUCCUCCUCCAAAAACUAGGUGCGUCUUAUGGUCUGGUGCGUCUUAUAGAGCGAAAAAUACGGUAAUAAAAUUCAAAAAAAGAGAGGCGUCUGCAAACACCGGGCCCAAUCUCCCUUCAAAACCCUGAGGACUGGAAACUUAGCUUUAUUUCCAGGGACUGCAGCUCAGCACUGGAGGGCAUACACUCCAAGCCUGUGCAGCCCCCAUUGUCUCUAGGCAGGGCCGCGAAAGACCCCAUGAGAGCUGCAAAAAGGCAGUAUUUGCAGUGCCCAGCUUGAUGGACCCAAUUAUCUGACUUGGCGUAAGGCUACUUCCAGCGUUCUUAUUGUAGCCUUAUUAGACUUUACCGAUUGGUGGGCUCUGUGUUGCUACCGGACGGGAGGAAGGAAGUGAAAUGACACCGAGGGUUCGUUCAGAGAAAGAGUUCUUUAUUUCUGCUCUCCGGAGCAGCAGAAAGGCAUUUGCGUGGUCAGUCCACAGCAAGUCCAAAGAAAUGAGAAAUUUCAUGCAGUAUAUAUAUCCUCCAGGCACCCUCUCCCCCCUUCCCCAGGAGUGCAGACACGUAAGAUUAUACACGUAAGUUGACAUCACAGAUGUUCCUGCUCUUAACCAUAAAAGUUUUCCUUCCUGUACUUCUGACCAUAUAAGGGUAUUCCUGUUCCGGCACUCUUAUCUUGGGGUAAGAAGGUCACCAACUCCUGGCGCUGUUCCUGGACUAGGUCUGUGGUCAGGAUGUAAGAUAAGGCCCAGGCGUGUCAUCCCUGUUCCGCUUUGGAACGGACAAGGCCAUCCGUCAUUACCAGCCUUCAUGGACUGAUAAGGGAGAGAGCUUUGAGCACUUGUUUAUGCAGCUGGGUUUUGGCUCAAGAGCUCAUGUUAAAGCAUUAUAGAAAUGUUCCCUUGGAAAAGGAAAUAAAAGUGGAUUUUGGGUCCCGUUUCAAACUGACUGGACAGAAACCUAUUCCUUCAUUAUUUAAAGCCAGCCCUUUGAUUUUUGAGCCUGAGGACUAGAAUCCUGCUGGGGUGGGGAGGGUUAAGGAAGGACAAUUGCUAAUAAUAAUAAUAAUAAUAAUAAUAACAACAAUAAUAAUAAUUUGUUAUUUAUACACCACCCAUCUGGCUGGGUUUCCCCAGCCACUCUGGGUGGCUCCCAACAGAAUAUUACUACCACUACUAAUAAUAAAGUGAUAAAACAUCAAACGUUAAAAGCUUCCCUUAACAGGGCUGCCUUCAGAUGUCUUCUAAAAGUCAGAUAGUUGUUUAUUUCCUUGACAUCUGGUGGGAGGGUGUUCCAGAGGGUGGGCGCCACCACCGAGAAGGCCCUCUGCCUGGUUCCCUGUAACCUCACUUCUCGCAGGGAGGGAACCGCCAGAAGGCCCUCAGAGCUGGACCUCAGUGAAUGAUGGGGGUGAAGACGCUCCUCCAGGUAUACUGGGCCAACGCUGUUAGGGCUUUCAAGGUCAACACCAACACUUUUAGUUGUGCCCGGAAACGUCCUGGGAGCCAAUGUAGGUCUUUCAAGACUGGUGUUAUGUGGUCUCGGCGGCCGCCCCCAGUCACCAGUCCAGCUGCCGCAUUCUGGAUUAGUUGCAGUUUCCGGGUCACCUUCAAAGGUAGCCCCACGUAGAGCGCAUUGCAGUAGUCCAAGCAGGAGAUAACCAGAGCAUGCACCACUCUGUAGAGACAGUGCGCUGCCAGGGAGGCUCUCAGCCAGCAUAUAAUAUAAUAAAAUAAUAAUAAUAAUAAAAUUUUAUUUAUAUCCCGCUCUCCCCAGCCGAAGCUGGGCUCAGAGUGGCUAACAACAGUAAAAUAAUACAGCAUUCUAAAAUCAAUUCGUUAUGAAACCAGUUCAAAUCAAAUUGAUGGCAACCAUUGUAAUAAUAAUACAAUGGAAGAAAGCACUUCUGUGUCCGAAAUGCCACAGAGCCGCUGCCAGGUAGCGCUGGAAACUCCGUCCUGAUUGAAAUUCCGGAGAGCGCCUGCCAGCCCGUGAAACCAUUGCCAGUCAACAUGGGCCAAGGGGUCUGACUUGGUAUAGCAGAACUUUCUACGAAGGGUGCUCUGAGACUUCAAACGCAGAGCCUGGCGACAUGAAAAACCUUGCAAGUUGCUGGUUGGGUGGUUGUUUUUACUUAACCGAUCUUCUCCCUCUCAGGGGAAAUUCCAAAUACCAUUACUACGGGAUCCGCCUCAAGCCAGACUCCCCGCUCAACCGCUUGCAGGAAGAUGCUCAGUAUAUGGCGAUGAGGCAGCAGCCCAUCCACCAGAAACAAAGGUAUUUGAUUUUCCAAAAAUAUAAACAUACAACAAAACCAUUUCCAAAUCUAAUUACUGAGAUUACUUUGAAUCUCCUGACUUCUCCCCAUCCCUUCCACGGGUCCUGUUUUCAACUGCAUAUCGAUACUUCUCCAAUUUUCCAUCUUCCUAGAUUAUCUAUACAUUCUGUUAACAUUACAAGUGUGUUCAAAAUCCGGCUAAUAUAUUUUUUAAAACUUUUUUUAUUCAAAAUUAAAACAUAUUAUCCAGAAACAUAUCAUCCUUAUUCCACCACCCCCAUUUUUCCUCCCUCCCCCACCCUCCCCCACAAAACCCACCCACCCCCACCCCCACCCCCCGACUUCCCUCAGUUCCAGUCUUUGGUUUCUCUAAGAAUGCUGUUUUCUGCAUGUUACACAGUUGUAUAGAUCCUCAAACUAUUUAGCUGAUUAUUAUCAAUAAAAAGUUUGUGAAUGUUUAUGCAAAGCCAGCCAAGGAGUCCAGUUCGCUUUGUUGCGUCUUCAGAUACUUUGUAAAGGGUUCCCAUUCAUCUUUAAAGUCACAGUUAUCUUUGUCCUGUAGUUUAUAUGUCAAUUUUGCCGGUUCUGCAUAGUCUAUCAAUUUUUCUUGCCAUGAUUCUUUAGUUGGGGUUUCUUCAGUCUUCCAUCCUUGUGCUAUUAGAACUCUCGCGGCCGUUGUCGCAUAUCGAUACUUCUCCAAUUUUCCAUCUUCCUAGAUUAGCUAUACAUUCUGUUAACGUUACAAGUGUGUUUAAAAUCCUGCUAAUAUUUUGGCCUGUUUACAAUGGUUUAGUAUCUACAUUGUAAACAUUUUUUUAAAAUUUCUUGUCUUCUCAAUUCCUGAGAAGAAACAUAGCAAAACUCUGGGGUUUUUUGUGUGUUCGUGGUUGUAGCCACUGGCCAAGAAGGCCGCCUGAGCUCACAUUUUAACCAUUUGCUCAGAAGCAGGGCUCAAACCAAGAUGCAGCCGUCGUUCGAAAUACGCACUUUGAAUGUUGCCGUUUUCCCAACCGAACGACGUGCUUGAGGUGUCUAAAAACGUGUGCGUUAGCGAAAACUGCAUGCAGGAAUGCACUGCGCUAGCGAUGCUUGCAGAAAAAGAAGUGUGUGUCAUUAGGAGAAAUGCCAGCUCAAAAUGCUGCAACAGAUGUCUGCCGUGACUUUAAUAAUAAUAAUAAUAAUAAUAAUAAUAAUAAUAAUAAUUUUUAUUUAUACCCCGCCCUCCCCAGCCAAGGCCGGGCCCAGGGCGGCUAGCAAGCAAUAAUAAAAACAAGUCGAAUGAAUACAACUUAAAAACAAGAUUAAAAUACAACAUUAAAAUAUUGAAACACUAAAAUGCAGCCUCAUCACAGGAGGAGAAAGGAAAAAAGAAAGAGGGGGAGGGAAUCAAACUGGCUCCAAGCCAAAGGCCAGGCAGAACAACUCUGUCUUUCAGGCCCUGCGGAAAGAGAUCAGAUCCUUUAAAAAAAGCAAUAAUCCAAAGCGAUGAAGAGAUUUGGAGCGGCGUUGAAGAAAUGGAGGUCUCAGUUUGACGCUUUUGUCCCUCCCAACUGCAGGUACAGACCUUCGCAGAAGUUGGACGGCCUGGCGGAGGCCGGUUCGAACAGCAGCCUUCACUCCACGCCCGAGCAAUCCGUUGCUGCGCAGAGCCAGCACCACCAGCAGUUCAUUGGUGAGGAGCUAACUAAUGCCAGGGUUGCAGGUUCGAUCCCUGUAUGGGACGGCUGCAUAUUCGUGCAUUGUGGGGGGUCAGACUCGAUGAUCCUUGGGUGUCCCUUCCAACUCCGUAAUUCUGUGAUUAGGGAAUCAAUAAUGAUGUGUGUGUGUCUGUAUAAAUAAAUAUAUGUGCGUAUAUACAGCGUCGGAUUUACGUAUAAGCUAAACAAGCUAUAGCUUAGGGCCCUACUCUCUUGGGGGCCCCCAGAAAAUUUAAAGGAUGUUCAUUUCCAAAAUAGAAGAUAAAAAACGAAUAAAAUAAAACCUACAUACAGCAACAGUGUUCUGUGUUGUCUAGGUUCCUAUGAUGUAAGUAAUGGGCCCCGCCUGCUAGCCUGCUCCCUAAAAUAUUGCUGGUUUGCUCCUUUCUAUAUAUAGGGUGCCUACAGUAUAGAUAGAGGCACCUCUCAUCUCAGUUGCUUUCAAACUUUAGGGUAAAAAAACAAACGUUAAUAUGAGAAGUCCAGAGGGUGGCAACAUGAGAACGGGGCCUUCUCUGCAGUGGCUCCCCAUCCGUGGAAUGCUCUCCCCAGGGAAGUUCGCCUGGCGCCUUCAUUAUACACCUUUAGGCGCCAGGCAAAAACGUUCCUUUUUAACCAGGCCUUUAGUUAAUUUGAUUGACAUCCCAUGCCCUUUUAAAAUGUGGGGUUUGGGGGGCUGUUAUUGGGUUGUUGUCUUUAUUUUGAUUAUAUACCGUAUUUUUCGCUCUAUAACACGCACCAGACCAUAACACGCACGUAGUUUUUAGAGGAGGAAAACAAGAAAAAAAAUAUUCCAAACGAAAUAGUGGCUAUAUGAUUUUUGUGGUUCAUGCUGUGGCCACAGACAUGUGAUCUGACAGUGAGUUUGGAGUAGCCCAAUGCAAAAAUCCUGAGGAUCCAUGUGGAUCCAUGCUUUGUAACCACGGAGGAGGGAAGGAAGGGGAACCAUGGAUCCUCUGCUCACGACUGCAGCAGAUCCCCCCCGCCACCCCCAGGCAUUCCCUCCAUAACACGCACAGACAUUUCCCCUUACUUUCUAGGAGGAAAAAAGUGAGUGUUAUGGUGCAAAAAAUACGGUAUUUUGUGGCUUUAUAUUUUGAUUUUCUGUGAACCACCCUGGUACCUCUGGUACCUCUGGGUAUAGGGUAGCAUAUAAAUUCUAGUAAUAAUAAUAAUAAUAAUAAUAGUUCCCCCCCCCCCCAAAAAAAAUCCACCAGAUGCCAAAAUUUUCUUCCUUCCCCCUAACGUUUUCUCCCUGCCCUGCAGACGUCACCCACAUCCUCCCUGCUUUCCCAGCCCUCGACCUGGAAAACGUGCUCCUGCAGGAGGGAAUCGACGCGAGCGACGUCAAGACUCUUCAGGUCCUCUACAGGCGGCAUUGCGAGGUGAUUUUAAAUUUUGUUUGCCAUUCUUCUUUCGUCGUAAUCUCUUCUUGCUUCCAUUUCUGGGCUUUGCCGCGCUACAUUUCCCUCUCUCUCCCCAGGCGAACGUGGAUGUCGUGAUGAGCCUACAGUUCCCUUACAUCGAGAAGCUAUGGCAGUCUUUCUGGAACUCGGAGUCCCACUCGAGCGAAUCGGCCUCUGCUGCCGUCCCUUCCAGGUAAGACACCACGCUGCGCAACCUUCCUUCCCCACAACAACAACAAAAAGAAUUUCGUUGAAAAUUCUACACAUUAAAGAAGAGUAGAUUCCCUACUUCAUCUCACAGACAAAAACUGACGGCCACACGGUUUGUGUGCCUCCUGAGCAAAGGAAAAUCCAACACUGUGUCUGUAAGAACUUGAUAGAUAAGCAGUUUAUCAUCUCCCCACCCCCUCAAUAAAUAAUGAAACCGAAGCUUCCCGGCUGAAGUUUGCAAAAUGCUUGUAUUUUGCAUUACGUGUCGUGGCAGCCGUGACCUCAGCUGGCCAUGAGAAUUCCCCGCCCUUGGCCUUAAAAGUGCGUUGACGGAAUGAGUGAAUCGUUACAUUGCCGCUUUGUGCAAUACGGUUAUAACUUCUUCUUUUUAACAACCUCAUGUUCCUGCAGCUUAGUUAGACGAACUUUGGCCUGAAAACAAAGGAAUGAACUGUCGCUUCUAAAUCUUUUUUUGGGGGGGAAGGUCACCCCGAAAUCAAUGAAUCGAUUUUUGUGUAUGUAACUGCAUAAUGCAUUAUGUAAUUAUGCACGAUAAUCAUAAUUGUGUAUUAUAAUACAGGAAAAACAGAGCUUGCAGAUUUUCUAAGACACGUACGACGCUUUGUACAGAUAAUAUUUAAUUUGUUAAUUAAAUUUUCAGUUUUACAAUUUAAAAUACUCACUUAAACAUCUUUAAGAUAUCAGUGACUUCCCCUCUUCUCUUUCCAUGGUUCAUUUUCCAUAUCAUAAAUCCCUGCGUAUUUUAGAAAAUCUAAACCAUUCAGUAUUCCAUUAUUGCACCCAUCAAAACUUAGUUGCACUGUUGAAUUUAUCUUAAUGCUGCCAAUGUUUUCACAUAGUACAUCACUUUUUAUGGCUUAGAAUAAAUGAAGGUUGCGUAUGGUUUCAAUAUUUCUGACAAGUUCUUGAAGUCAUUUUCAUCGAGUUACAUAUACAGUGGUACCUUGGUUUGCAAACAGUCUGGUUUACAUAUGUUUUGGAUUACAAACACGUCAAACCCGGAAGUGUGUGUCCUGGUUUGCAACCUUUUUUUGGAUUACAACCCAUAUUUUUUUUAUUACGAACAAAUUGUUUUUGGAGACCCAAUCGCGUAAGCAUGCCUUGGUUUACAACCUGUUUUGGUUUACAAACGGACCUCCGGAACCGAUUAUGGUUGUAAACCAAGGUACCACUGUACAGUGAUUCAAACUUUUCAUUUUGGGGUGACCUUUUUUCACAACGGAGAAGAAUUAGUCCCUUUUUCAGUGUUUCUAAGCAGGAGUUCAUCCCUUUAUGAUACAGGAAAUUGGAUUUUUGGGGGGGGGGCGUCAAAAAGUUGCAAUCCUAAUGUGCAGACUAUGUUUUGCAAGGAUAUCAUUGUGGGUGCGGCUUCUCACUGUGAAUCCCCUUCCUUCCUCGCUCCAGCACUAGCUCAAAAAGCUGCCUGGCAUCCCUAGCUAGUUCUUCUCUGUUGUCCCCCUUCCUGCCUUCAUGGGACGCGGGUGGCGCUGUGGUCUAAACCACCGAGUCUCUUGGGCUUGCCGAUCGGAAGGUUGGCAGUUCGAAUCCCCGCAACGGAGUGAGCUCCCGUUGCUCUGUCCCAGCUCCUGCCAACCUAGCAGUUUGAAAGCACGCCAGCGCAAGUAGAUAAAUAGGGACCACUGCAGCGGGAAGGUAAAUGGCGUUUCUGUGUGCUCUGGCUUCCGUCACGGUGUCCCGUUGCGCCAGAAGCGGUCUAUCCCUGCUGGCCACACUACCCAGAAACCUGUCUGCGGACAAACGUCUUCUCCCUUGGCCUGAAAGCGAGAUGAGCGCCGCAACCCCAUAGUCACCUUUGACUGGACUUAACCACCCAGGGGUCCUUUACCUGCCUUCCUCCACCCUGAGUGCCCCCUGUGUUUCAAAUUUCGGUAGCCGAGGGGCUGCUGACCCUUGCCCUUGUCCCUCCCCACAGCGAAGAGCCCUGCGACGCCCUUGUCCCAAGGCACAAGCUGAUCGCCAUGUGCAAAUACGUCCCCAUCAUGAAAUGGAUGCGAGGCUGCGACCACAUCUUGUACCAGACGCUUGUGGAGAUCCUCAUCCCAGAUGUUCUCCGGCCUGUUCCCAGUGAGUACAGAGUGGGGAGGACGCUGCUAAAUCCAUCUCUCUCUGUCUCCCUCCCUCUCCCUUUCUCUCAAGGCUCCUUCUUGCUCUUUUCAUCUGCUUAAAGUGCCUAAAUUAUUUUCACCCUGUGCAAGGGACAUUUCCGGCUCCUUAAGGAGGCAGAGCAUCAGCCUUCCAUAAUUAUUAGUAUUAGUAUUAGUAUUAGCUUUCAUGUGCAUGCACACUUCUUCAGAUACCAUGCACAUGAAAACUCAUACCAAUAACAAACUUAGUUGGUCUCUAAGGUGCUACUAAGGGACGCAGGUGGCGCUGUGAGUUAAACCACAGAGCCUAGGGCUUGCUGAUCGGAAGGUCGGCAGUUCGAAUCCCCGCAAUGACGGGGUGAGCUCCCGUUGCUUGGUCCCUGCUCCUGCCAACCUAGCAGUUCAAAAGCACGUCAAAGUCCAAGUAGAUAAAUAAGUACCACUCUGGCGGGAAGGCAAACGGCGUUUCCGUGCGCUGCUCUGGUUUGCCAGAAGUGGCUUAGUCCUGCUGGCCACAUGACCCGGAAGCUGUUUGCCGGCUCCCUCGGCCGACAAAGCGAGAUGAGCGCCGCAACCCCAGAGUCGGUCACGACUGGACCUAAUGGUCAGGGGUCCCUUUACCUUUACGGUGCUACUAGAAGGAAUUUUUUUUAUUUUGUUUCGACUGUGGCGGGUGGCGCUGUGGGUAAAACCUCAGUGCCUAGGACUUGCUGAUCGUAAGGUCAGCGGUUCGAAUCCCCGCGGCGGGGGGAGCUCCCGUCGUUCGGUCCCAGCUCCUGCCCACCUAGCAGUUCGAAAGCACCCUUAAGUGCAAGUAGAUAAGUAGGUACCGCUUUAUAGCGGGAAGGUAAAUGGCGUUUCCGUGUGCUGCGCUGGCUCGCCAGAUGCAGCUUCGUCACGCUGGCCAUGUGACCUGGAAGUGUCUCUGGACAGCGCUGGCUCCUGGCGUCUUGAGCGAGAUGAGCGCACAACCCUAGAGUCGGACACGACUGGCCAAUAUGGGCAGGUGUACCUUUACCUUUACCUUAUGGCAGACCAACACAGCUACCUACCUGUAACUAAUAAUAAUAAUUUAUUUAUUUAUACCCUGCCCAUCUGGCUGGAUUUCCCCAGCCACUCUGGGCGGCUUCCAACCGAAUAUUAAAAACACAAUACAGCAUCAAACAUUAAAAAAAACUUCCCUAAACAGGGCCGCCUUCAGAUGUGUUUUAAAAGUAAAAUAGUUGCUUAUUGCCUUGGCAUCUGGUGGGAGGGCGUUCCACAGGGCGGGCGCCACCACCGAGAAGGCCCCCUGCCUGGUUCCCUGUAACCUCACUUCUUGUAGCGAGGGAACCGCCAGAAGGCCCUCGGCGCAUGCAGAACAUCCCAAUCCUCAGGCUGUCUGGGGCGGGAUCGGGGGUGUAGUAAGCUCCUGCCUGAAACCUUAGAGAGCUUCUGCCAGUCAGAGUGGACAGUACUGAGAUAGGUGGUCCCCACUAGACUCAGUAUAUAAUAUGAGAGCUUCCAUAUAAGAGAUCCUGGAUAGCUCAGUUGGUUAGAGCGUGGUGCUGAUGACGCCGAGGUUACAGGUUCGAUUCCCGUACGAGACAGCUGCAUAUUCCUGCAUUGCAGAAAUGAUCCCUUCCGGUUCUAUGAUUCUAAAACCUGAGCUCCCUCCUGCAGUUUCCAACAUCUGGAAUACCGUAUUUUUCGCUCUAUAAGAUGCACCAGACCACAAGACGCACCUAGUUUUUCGAGGAGGAAAACAAGAAAAAAAAUAUUCUGAAUCUCAAAAACCAGAACAGCAAGAGGGAUCGCUGCGCAGUGAAAGCAGCAAUCCUUCUUGCUGUUCUGGCUUCUGGGAUAGCUGCGCAGCCUGCAUUCGCUCCAUAAGACGCACACACAUUUCCCCUUGCUUUUCAGGAGGGAAAAAGUGAGUCUUACAGAGCAAAAAAUACGGUACUUCCUCCGGCAGCAGAGAGAGACCACAGCUGUUGUGGCCAGUAGCUACCGGAAGCCGCAUCCUCCCCAAAUUGGCCUGACCCUCUUUUAAGCCUGUCCCCCACUCUUCUGGGAGCAAAUUCCACAGUUUAACUCUGUGCUGUGCGAAGAAGUAAAAUGCUGCCGGUGAUUUUCUCUUUUCUUUUUUCUUUUGCAAAGGAAUGAAUGGGCGAAACCCUAUUCCAGGGUUUAAUCCAGCCUGAGAAUAUCAAAAAUGUAACCUAAACAGAUGCAAUUGCUAAAAUACUAAAAAAACCAAACAGGCUUACCUGUUCAGGUCAAUGGCCAAUACUUAAGGUUACCAGAUUUUUUUCAAUGAAUCCGGGGACACUUUAAUAAUAAUAAUAAUAAUAAUAAUAAUAAUAAUAAUAAUUUAUUUAUAUCCCGCCCUCCCCAGCCGAAGCCGGGCUCAGGGCGGCUAACAACAAUAAAAUAAUCCCACAUUCUAAAAACAUUCCAUUAUAAAAUUAAUUCAAAUCAAAUUGAUGGCAACCGUUAAGCAAAAUUCUGUGCAGAUUGCCAGAGGAGGGAGUCAGGCUGCGCCCUGACCAAAGGCCUGGUGGAACAGCUCUGUCUUGCAGGCCCUGCGGAAAGAUGUCAAGUCCCGCAGGGCCCUAGUCUCUUGUGACAGAGCGUUCCACCAGAUCGGAGCCACAGCCGAAAAAGCCCUGGCUCUAGUUGAGGCCAGCCUAACCUCUCUGAGGCCUGGGACCUUCAAGAUGUUUUUAUUUGAAGACCGUAAGUUCCUCUGUGGGACAUGCCAGGAGAGGCGGUCCCGUAGGUAGAAAUAAAUAAAUAAAACACGUUUGGGACAUUGAUGCUGCAGCGAUGGCAGAGGGGCUGCCGCCGCCCUGACCUCAACCACCAUGUUUCCCCUUCCUCCGAAGCUUCUAUCUCCUUUCUCCAUGAGCCUCGGCAGCCCCUGAAUUGUUGGUUCUUUGGUGGUGGUGGUGGGGAAGCGGUGUGCGGUGGGUCAGGCAUGGAAGGCGGAGAAGGAGGGCCGAGAGCAGCGGUGGUGAGGCUUGGGCAGCGCAAUGCUUCCCUUCCCAUCAGAGCAGCCCCAAUCCCAUUCCUACUUGCGUGCAAGCAGGAGGAGGUGGGGAUCCCUCAGCUGGGAAGGGAGGCUUCCCAUUGCCUGACUGAGAGAUCCCUGCCUCCUCCUGCUUGCACACAAGCUCUGAAAGGCAACAUGAAGCCUCCCUUCACAGCUUAGUUGCUGGGGUCCGGGAAGGUGGAGGCAACCCGGAAGCUGAAUCUGAGAGUCCCUGCACCACCAUCAAAUGGGGACUUCCGAGCAGCUCCUGAAGCCAGCCAGAGCCAACUGCUCCGGGCUGCUGAGACUGCCACUGCUGCAUUUCCUGGGGACAUUAGAUGAAAUCUGGGGACAUUCCGGGGAUGGAAUUUGUUCCGGGGACCUACUCACAAAUCCAGGGACUGUUCCCGGGAAACGGGGACGUCUGGUAACCCUACAAUACGUGGCAAUGAAUUUACUGCAUUUUAGUAUCUACUACAUUUUAGUAUCUACGGGACGCGGGUGGCGUUCGGGGCGUGGAUGGCGCUGUGGGUUAAACCACAGAGCCUAGGGCUUGCCGAUCAGAAGGUCGGCGGUUCGCAUCCCCGCAAUGACGGGGUGAGCUCCCGUUGCUCGGUCCCUGCUCCUGCCAACCUAGCAGUUCGAAAGCACCUCAAAGUGCAAGUAGAUAAAUAGGUGAGAAGGUAAACGACGUUUCUGUGCGCUGCUCUGGUUCGCCAGAAGCGGCUUAGUCAUGCUGGCCACAUGACUGUACGCCGGCUCCCUCGGCCAAUAAAGCGAGAUGAGCGCCGCAACCCCAGAGUCGGUCACGACUGGACCUAAUGGUCAGGGGUCCCCUUACCUAUACCUUAGUAUUUACUUGGAUUGCAUUUUCAUAUUCUUUGGCUGAAUUAAAGUUCACCGCCCCCCCACCCCCUGCAUUAUUCAGAAGGAUUCUAUAUCUCUUCUUCUCUUGUGACUUCACUGGCAGCAUCCUGGCCUCGUUUCCUCCCUUGCUAAUCGUUGAUCUUGCAGAUUUUGCUUUCUUGGGCGAAACUUUAGAAUUUAAAGGGGGGGGAUGUGGGGUGCUGUGACGGUUUUGCCAGCCUGACGAGGCUGUUCUGUCUAGAUCUCGCUUUGUCCCCGCAGGCACGUUGACCCAGGCCAUCCGCAACUUCGCCAAAAGUUUGGAAGGCUGGCUAAUAAACGCCAUGAGCGACUUCCCCCAGCAGAUCGUCCAGACAAAGGUAAGCAGCGGAUACAGCAAGUUGCAUCCCUUUCCUUCCUUACAGUCUGAACAGCUUUGGGGCAGCUGCAUUUAGAACCGGUCCCUGGUUCCUCAGAGCCUACCCUCAGUUAUCCAAACCCUUGGCGAUUUCCAGGGGUUUUUGAAAGAGGAUUUUCCGGCAGCACAAAUUUCCUUUAAAAAACCCCCAAAAACUUUUUUUCGAAGUUUCAAAAAGAGAAAACAGUUUACCUUCCUGCCACAGCGGUGCCUAUUUAUCUACUUGCACUUUUGGCGUGCUUUCGAACUGCUAGGUUGGCAGGAGCAGGGACCGAGCAACGGGAGCUCACCCCGUCACGGGGAUUCGAACCGCUGACCUUCUGAUCAGCAAGCCCUGUGGUUUAGACCACAGCACCACCCGCGUGUCCCCCCAUAUUUUUAUAUUUACCUUUGUAUAAAUUUAACAAAUAAAUGAAGCCCAACCCCAUAUUUAAGGUAAAGGUAAAGGGACCCCUGACCAUUAGGUCCAGUCGUGGCCGACUCUGGGGUUGCAGCGCUCAUCUUGCUUUAUUGGCCGAGGGAGUCGGCGUACAGCUUCCGGGUCAUGUGGCCAGCAUGACUAAGCCACUUCUGGCAAACCAGAGCAGCGCAUGGAAACGCCAUUUACCUUCCCACCAAAGUGGUACCUAUUUAUCUACUUGCACUUUUUGGCGUGCUUUUGAACUGCUAGGUUGGCAGGAGCUGAGACCGAGCAACGGGAGCUCACCCCGUCAUUGCGUGGAUUCAAACUGCCGACCUUCUGAUUGGCAAGCCCAAGAGGCUCAGUGGUUUAGACCACAGCGCCACCCGUGCCCCCCCAAUAUUUUUAUAUUUACCUUUGUAUAAAUUUAACAAAUAAAUGAAGCACAACCCCACAUCUCUUGCAUUUCAUCCACUCUCUGCUUCAUGUUCUCCGAGUUUGACCUCACUUUUUGUUUCUCUCUCUCCUCCCCAAUCCCUGUCACCACCUCCCGAACACACCAGGUGGGUGUGGUGAGCGCCUUUGCACAGACUCUCCGCAGGUACACCUCCCUCAACCACCUGGCGCAGGCGGCUCGCGCCGUCCUCCAGAACACCUCGCAGAUCAACCAGAUGCUCAGCGACCUCAACCGGGUGGAUUUUGCUAACGUCCAGGUGAGCCGGAGCAGCACAGCAUCAUAGAAUCGUAGUGCUGGAAGGGACGCCAAGGGUAAUCUGGGCCAACCCCCUGGAUCCUUUGCUGUCGCUCGAGGCUCAGGUGGUCUCAUUGCCAUAGAGCUUGGGCUGGUGGCCCACCUACGCCCCUAUCUGGACAGGGAUAGCCUAACUACUGUCGUCUUACGCUUAAGAACCUCCAAGGAAGGAGAGUCCACCACCUUCCGAGGGAAACCGUUCCACUAUGGAACUGCUCUUAAUGUCAGAAAGUUCUUCCUGAUGUUGAAUUGGAAUCUCCUUUCUUGUAACUUGAAGCCCUUGUUUCGGGUCCUACCCUCCAGUGUGGGGAUUCCUAGCUUGCUCAUUCUUCCAUGAAGGUCCCAUAUCAAAUUGGGUUGGGGGCCGUACGUUGAGAUUCUUGCAUUGUACGGGGCUGGGCUGGAUGACUCUCAGGGUCUCUUCCGACUCAACAGUUCCUCAAUUCUGUGCAGCAAAGCGAGGAAGUGCAAAGCUUUUCUUCUGUGUCCUCUGCUGCCUCUGCUCUGUCCAAUGAGCUUCAGUGGCCUGGCGUGCCUUCCAUCAGCUUCGGCUGCUGGCCCAGUUACGCCCCUAUCUGGACAGAGAUGGCCUAACUACUGUUGUCUAUGCUCUGGUAACCUCAAGGUUAGAUUACUGCAAUGCGUUAUACGCAGGGCGGCCUCUGAAGACGGUUCGGAAACUUCAGCUGGUGCACAAGUCAGCGGCCAGGUUGCAAGACCAUCUUACACCGAUCCUGGUACGACUGCACUGGCUACCAGUUAGUUUCCGGGCCCAAUUCAAAGUGCUGGUUCUGACCUAUAAAGCCUUAAAUGACUCAGGACCGCAAUACCUCAAGGACCGCCUCUUUCCUUUUUAACCAUGCCUUUGAUUGGUCUGAUUGACAUCCUAUGCCCUUUUAAAAUUUGGUUUGUUUGUGGGGAGGGGGCUAUUGGCUUGUUUCCAUUUUUAUUAUGUAUUUUGUGGUUUUAUAUCUUGGUUUUAUUCUGUGAACCGCCCUCAGACUCCUGGGUAUGGGGUAGUAUAUAAAUUCAAUAAAGCAUCAUCAUCUCAGCUAAAAAAGGCAUCCAUGACAGGUGGCCCUCAAACCGUGGCCACACAUCCUUUUGCGCAAGGCGACUAGUGCUGUGCCUGGAAGUCUUCCGGGACUUCCUGAUGAGCAUUUACGGUUCCCAGCCCAAAUCCUGCGGAAAGCCAUCUUAUUCAGAUUUUAAUUUUUACCCUGACUCGUUUUUAAGAGGAGAUUUAAGUAUUGUUUGAUUUUAAAUCAAUGUUUAUAUUUGAUGUUCGCCACCCUGAGCCCGGUCUCGGCUGGGGAGGGCAGGAUACACGUAAAAGUUUACUAUUUAUUACAGUGGUACCUCUGGAUAUGAACGGGAUCCGUUCCGGAGACCUGUUCGCAUCCUGAAGCAAACGCAACCCACGUCUGCGUGGGUCGCAAUUUGCCGCUUCUGCACAUGCGCGUGACGUUAUUUUGACCGUCUGCACGAGCAGCGAAACCCGGAAGUAACGCGUUCCGUUACUUCCAGGUCGCUGCAGAGCGCAACCCGAAAACGCUCAACCUGAAGCAACUUAAACCCGAGGUAUGACUGUAUAUGUACACCUCUCUCUCUUUCUUUCUUUCUUUCUUUCUCUCUCUCUCUCCCUCUCUUUCGCCGGUCCAGGAGCAAGCCUCGUGGGUGUGCCAGUGCGAGGAGGGCCUGGUGCAGAAACUGGAGCAAGAUUUCAAGCUGACCCUCCAGCAGCAGAGCUCUUUGGACCAGUGGGCCAGCUGGCUGGACAACGUGGUGACACAGGUCCUGAAGCAUCACGAGGGAGGGGCCGGCUUCCCAAAGGCAGCCAGGCAAUUCUUGCUGAAGUGGUCCUUCUACAGGUCAGGCCCUGUUGCCACCCGGGGUCAAACCCCCGGCUGCUUUCCUUCCGACCCCCUGCGUGCUGCAGCAAGUUAACUCUGCAUCGCGUUGAUAGCGGGUUUUGUGUGUGUUGUCCCUCGACAGCUCCAUGGUGAUCCGAGACCUCACCCUGCGCAGCGCUGCCAGCUUCGGCUCCUUUCACCUGAUCCGCCUGCUGUACGACGAGUACAUGUUCUACCUGGUGGAGCAUCGCGUGGCUCAAGCGACGGGGGAGACGCCCAUCGCUGUGAUGGGAGAGGUGAGGGUGGGUUGAGCCUCCUCCGAGAGGAGACAAAGACUAGGAAGUUGCCCCUGGUGCACCCACAGGGCUGCACGAACCCAGAGGGUUGUUGCAAUAGGCUUGAACUACCUUGCCCCGGUGAGCAGUCUGCCCGCUGAAUCCUGCACCAGCUGAAGUUUCUAAACCGCCUGAGAAAAGAAUGACUUUGCUACGAGUUAUAUGGGUUUAGCUUAGGAGCGGGUGGUGCUGUGGUCUAAACCACCGAGCCUCUUGGGCUUGCUGAUCAGAAGGUCGGUGCUUUGAAUCCCCUUUGCUCUGUCCCAGCUCCUGCCAACCUAGCAAUUCAAAAGCACGCCAGUGCAAGUAGAUAAAUAGGUACCACUCUGGUCGGAAGGUAAACGGUGUUUUUGUGCACUCUGGUUUCCACUGCACCAGAAGCGGUUUAGUCCUGCUGGCCACAUGACCUGGAAAGCCGUCUGCGGACAAACGCCAGCUACCUCGGCCUGAAAGCAAGAUGAGCGCUGCAACCCCAUAGUCACCUCUGACUGGACUUAACCGUCCAGGGGUCCUUUACCUUUUUUACCUUUACCUAGGGCCCUCCCACUCCGACAACAGAUCAAAAUAAGUGCUGUUUGAUUUGUGUAAUAAAAUUGGCUUAUUAGAAUUGUCAGUCAGUAAAAUAAAAUAAAAAGUAUCGGGAGAUAACUUGCGAGGGAGCCCCCCGUGAUUUUGACCGCCAAAGGGUUUAAUCCGGCACUGGUCUCAGAGAUCAAGCUGCUUGGCCUCAGGCAGUCCUGAAAGUACGCCGGACCCGAAUCGCUCAGGGCGUUUGUGCAUCAGAACAAGAGCUUUGACCCACGAGCAGCUUUGGACGCUCCACAGCUCGGGGGGGGGGUUAACAAGGGAGCAGUGGGGAAUUGAUGAGCAAAGCAGGGGGGGGCUUCUCCAGAUUCGCUCACAACCAAAUGCCCCCCGCCUGUUUUCUCUUGCAGUUCAGCGACCUCGCCUCCAUGUCUCCAGCCUUGCUCGAUAAAGGUAUUUUUUGCCUCUGAUCUACUUUUCUCUUUGCUCCUUCCGGUCAUGGGGGUUGGGGCUGAGUUGAUUAAAUAUUUGCGGGUGGCGCUGUGGGUUAAACCACAGUGCCUAGGACUUGCCGAUCAGAAGGUCGGCGGUUCGAAUCCCCGCGACGGGGUGAGCUCCCGUUGCUCGGUCCCUGCUCCUGCCAACCUAGCAGUUCGAAAGCACGUCAAAGUGCAAGUAGAUAAAUAGGUACCACUCCGGCGGGAAGGUAAACGGCGUUUCCGUGCACUGCUCUGGUUCUCCAGAAGCAGCUUAGUCCUGCUGGCCACAUGACCCGGAAGCUGUACGCCGGCUCCCUUGGUCAAUAAAGCGAGAUGAGCGCCGCAACCCCAGAGUCGGCCACGACUGGACCUAAUGGGCAGGGGUCCCUUUACCUUUUUAUCCCGCUUCUCCAGCAACAAAGGCUGAGCUCAAAGCAGCUCACGAGAACUGCGGUGCCCUUGACGGACAACCGCCAUAAUGUCCGACACAAUAGCAUAUGGAAUCAUGGGGUUGUAGAGUCCAACCCUCAGCAAUUGCUGGACGAACAACCAAUCCAUCAAAGCAAUUAAUGCAAGUCAUAGUAACUAUUGCCAGGAUGCUUCCCGGACACAACAAAAAGUGGAUUAGCUGUUGGUUCUCCAAUGCGUUGCUUCUCAAUUCACAGUACAUGAAUUAUAGGCGCUUGCAGAAAACAAUACGUUGAUAAACCGUUUUGGGGUGGGUGGGGCCGUUGGGUCAUUGGAGAAAAGGGGGGAGGUGGCAGCUGCAGGGUCUUGCAACCCGGACCCUGCGGCUUGUAUUCAGCUACGCUCAACUUGGAGUGAACCUGCUAGAAUGAGUGGACCGAAGUCAGCCGUGCCCAGUCCUUCCAGUGGGCCUGCUCCGAGUCGCGACUCCUGCUGGACACAGCCCUGUGACUUCUGUCUCUCCUCUCUCCCUGCAGACGACAUCAGCGACCUGGGCAGCGAGGCGGAGGCGGAUUCCCGGUGCGCCGGCGAGCCCCUCGUGAAGCGUGAACGCAGCGAUCCCGGCCCCUCGCUGCAAGAGAUCUAAUAAGAGUUGGCACGGCGGGAGACGCCCAACUCCCGUCACGUUCCAACUCCGGAAGCAAAAGUUUCCAAAGCUUUCUGGAAACCCCCAAAGGCUGGGUUUCCACCUCCUCCACAAUCCGAGUGCCUCUUAGCUCCUCUUAACGUUUACUUGUCUUCACAGACGGGGUCCCUGGCGGCUGCCUGGUCAGCUGCACGGGCAGAAGCUGGCCGAGUUGCGGCAAAGGGAAUCAGCGGCAAGCUCUUCCCUUCAGAUGGGGGGGUGCCUGGUCCCUUCUGCCCUGAACGUGGAGCUUUCUGUCUGUCUGUCUGUCUGUCUGUCUCUCAAUUCCCCUCUCCCUCGUAUCCUCGUGCUCUUGGCCUUAACUGACUCUUUGAAUGGAUUGCGGAACCCGCGGAGACCGGGUGCUUGGUUGGCUGUGACAGCCCCAAACCCAGCCUUCUCUAGGGUUCCCUAGAUUACCACUGUGAUGCAGCUCUGCUUGCCCCCCUGAAAGACCCCUUUCCUUUCCACUGCGCCUCGUGGGGAGGCAGAAGUUGGGGGGGCCUCUGGUCUGCCCCCCCGUGCUUCCCCCUACUUGCCAAAUAAAUUUACAAUGUGGCACACA